AUGGACCACACCCCUGUGAGGUCCCUAGAGUAAGUCCCUCAGAAAGUUGUCUAAUUACAGACAGAGGACUAUACGUCCCAAAUGGUACCCUAUUCCCUGUAUAGAAUAUUGGAAUAUUGGUGAAUAUACACUACUGGUCAACAUUUUUAGAACACCUACUCAUUCAAGGGUUUUUCUUUCUUUUUACUAUUUUCUACAUUGUAGAAUAAUAGUGAAGACAUCAAAACUAUGAAAUUACACAUAUGGAGUCAUGUAGUAACCAAAAAAGUAUUAAACAAAAUAUUUGAGAUUCUUCAAAUAGUCACCCUUUGGCUUGAUGACAGCUUUGCACACUCUUGGCAUUCUCUCAACCAGCUUCAUGAGGUAGUCACCUGGAAUGCAUUUCAGUUAACAGGUGUGCCUUCUUAAAAGUUAAUUUGUGGAAUUUCUUUCCUUCUUAAUGCGUUUGAGCUAAUCAGUUGUGUUGUGACAAGGUCGAGGGUGGUAUACAGAAGAUGGCCCUAUUUGGUCAAAGACCAAGUCCAUAUUAUGGCAAGAACAGCUCAAAUAAGCAAAGAGAAAUGACAGUCCAUCAUUACGUUAAGACAUGAAGGUCAGUCAAUCCGGAAAAUGUCAAGAACUUUGAAAGUUUCUUCAAGUGCAGUCGCAAAAACCAUCAAGCGCUAUGAUGAAACUGGCUCUCAUGAGGACCGCCACAGGAAUGGAAGACCCUGAGUUACCUCUGCUGCAGAGGAUAAGUUCAUUAGAGUUACCAGCAUCAGAAAUUGCAGCCCAAAUGAAUGCUUCAAAGAGUUCAAGUAACAGACACAUCUCAACAUCAACUGUUCAGAGGAGACUGCGUGAAUCAGGCCUUCAUGGUCGAAUUGCUGCAAAGAAACCACUACUAAAGGACACCAAUAAUAAGAAGAGACUUGCUUGGGCCAAGAAACACGAGCGGUAGACAUUAGACUGGUGGAAAUUUGUCCUUUGGUCUGGAGUCCAAAUUUGAGAUUUUUGGUUCCAACCGCCGUGUCUUUGUGAGACGCGGUGUGGGUGAACGGAUCAUCUCCGCAUAUGUGGUUCCCACAGUAAAGCAUAGAGGAGAAGGAGUUAUGGUGUGGGGGUACUUUGCUGGUGACACUGUCUGUGAUUUAUUUAGAAUUCAAGGCACACUUAACCAGCGUGGCUACCACAGCAUUCUGCAGCGAUAUGCCAUCCCAUUUGGUUUGGGCUUAGUGGGACUAUCAUUUGUUUUUCAACAGGACAAUGACCCAACACACCUCCAGGCUGUGUAAGGGCUAUUUUACCAAGAAGGAGAGUGAUGGAGUGCUGCAUCAGAUGACCUGGCCUCCACAAUCCCCCGACCUCAACCAAAUUGAGAUGGUUUGGGAAUAGUCGGACCGCAGAGUGAAGGAAAAGAAGCCAACAAGUGCUCAGCAUAUGUGGGAACUCUUUCAAGACUGUUGGAAAAGCAUUCCAGGUGAAGCUGGUUGAGAGAAUGCCAAGAGUGUGCAAAGCUGUCAUCAAGGCAAAGGGUGGCUAUUUGAAGAAUCUCAAAUAUAAAAUAUAUUUUGAUUUGUUGAACACUUUUUUGGUUACUACAUGAUUCCAUAUGUGUUAUUUCAUAGUUUUGAUGUCUUCACUAUUGUUCUACAAUGUCGAAAAAUAAGGAAAAACCCUCGAAUUAGUAGGUGUUCUAAAACUUUUGACAGGUAGUGUACCCACUAUAUAGUGAAAAGGGUGCCAUUUGGGAUAUAUCCAGGGCUCUUGGUCCUUCCUCUGUCUCAACCUAACUACCUCUCUGAUCACCUGAUGUUGAUCACUAACAAGUAAAGGAGAAUGAAUACCAGUUAACUACCUAAAACCUCUAAGCUGAACCUAAUCAAACACUACUGCUACUAUCUUUUCUUCUCCAUGUUGUAAUUCAUUGUAAAUAAUAUUUUUAGAUUCAUGCCAGGAAAAUCUAUGGAGAAAAUCUUUUUAAACCCCUUGCUAAUGUUCGUUGUGGAACUCGAGUAAACCAAACAUCAUCAUAACCAUGAAACUUACCCAUGUACUGAUCCAUUGUCAUGGUGAUAUUAAUAACACUCGUAUUGUUUUCUAACUGUCAUCUCUCUUGCAUGCCUCCAGUCUAAUGUGCAGGUACAGUAUGUUGUUGAUAUUAUUUCACCCAAUAAGGACGGUUUCCCCACCUACCAAAACAAUACAAUGAUGUUGUUUGUAUGUAUAUUAGCUUUAUCCUACAGGAAACAGAAACACGUCUGCAAGUCACCAAGCUAUGGAAAGUCAAUGGGUUAGAGGUCAAAGAACACAAGAACAACAAUGUUUAAAAACAAAUUGACUGAAUAUAACUAAGGCUUAUUUAAAAAUAUUGAAAUUAUAAAAAUCUAAAUAAUAUCUGGAUUAUUUUUUUAUUAUCUAAAAGUAUCUGAAAUAUAUGUAUAGAUAUAUGUACAAAUAUGUAAACAUAGUAUGUAUGGAAAACUACCUUGACUCUCAUUAGAUCUGGGUUCUGAAUGAUGCGUUUCUGUGACCUGGGAUGUUGGGAGAAGCCCUGCUAUGACGUUAAUACCUAGUGCUUCAGAUAGACACAUGUUUUAUUCAUUUCUGCUCUAUUUGUUAUGGUUUCUUCCACCUUCCUUAUUUCCAGUUUUUUUGCCCAUAUGUGGUCUCACCCUCUCACCCCCUCAUCCAUCAUUGUCUCACAGUGACAUUGUAAAGCUGGUAGAAGUCUCCAAUGAUGGUGGGCCCUUGGGGAUCCAUGUAGUACCUUUCAGUGCCCGGGACCGCAGGUAAAGUCUUCCCACUGUUAUAGCACCUGACAGACAGGCAGCAGGCUCACUGAUGAUAUAAUAUAAUAUAAUAUAAUAAUAUGCCAUUUAGCAGACGCUUUUAUCCAAAGCGACUUACAGUCAUGCGUGCAUACAUUUUUUUUGUGUAUGGGUGGUCCCGGGGAUCGAACCCACUACCUUGGCGUUACAAGCGCCGUGCUCUACCAGCUGAGCUACAGAGGACCACAGGCAUGACACUGCCACACUUGGGGAGGGAUGGAGAGGGGGGGGGGGGGGAGCGGGAGACAGACAGGGAGGGAGAGCAACCUUUACAUCAUGUAAAAUACUUCAGACAGGAGUCACGGAGGAACAUGCCAGUCACCUGCAAACACUGAACCACCAUGAUUGAUCACUGAAACUAGCUAAUCACUUCAUGAUGUGUGAGCAUGACAUGUAUGGGGUGUAGGUCCAUGUGUACAACACACACACUAGACAGACACUACACACUCUACAAAUUACACAUGGACCUACACCCCAUACAUGUCAUGCUCACACAUCAUGAAGUGAUUAGCUAGUUUCAGUGAUCAAUCAUGGUGGUUCAGUGUUUGCAGGUGACUGGCAUGUUCCUCCGUGACUCCUGUCUGAAGUAUUUUACAUGAUGUAAAGGUUGCACUGAGCAGUCCAUACACAUUUCAGUCCACAUGCAUGUCUCAGAAGAUGGAAUGGAAUCAUUUAUUUACUGGUCCAGCUCUUUCACAUAUGUCCACUAGCACAGACCUAGGGUUACAGUUCCUAGACUGGUCACAGAUCUGUUUGUGCUGUCAUGCCAAACAGGACAAGAAGUGGCAUGAUAGUGUAAACAGACUGGUACCCAGGCUAGCUUAUUCCCUCCUGAUUCAGAGAAUCUUCCAACCGAAGUUCUGGAAAAGCUGGGGAUUUUGGGGAAGGCAUCUCAGUGUGUCUACAUACCUGUGAAUAAUAAGUUAUGUUUGAAUAGUUUUAGCACAUUUAUGGUAAUUUGGUUGAUUUACAUUGAACCCUGGCCUACUCGGUAUUCAAUAUUUCAGUGAAGUCAGCAUUGUUUAGCAGUCAGGAAGCCUGGAGGAGGUUUACUAUGGCGGAUUACUGCACUGACAGCCGUCACAACUGAGGGCUUCCUGAACUCAAAUGUGAUGGAGAAGCAUUUCUCUAAGUCCUACGUGUUACUGUACACCUGACAAUUUUUCCUGUCAGAAUGAUCAUGUUUUGCAUUAGGCAGUUCAGUCAGGAGCUAAAUGUUGGAGUUCAGGUAGGAAAAAACAAGCACACCUACCUAUAGCAACUAGACCCAUGCACUUACAUACUGUUUUGGAAGUCAGAAGAAAAUACACUUUCAGAAUUAGAACUGACAAACAUAACGCCAGAAAUAAGACCAAUUAGAAAUUAAACAUGAGUCUCUCAUAUCUCACACCCACUUAGCCACAAAAAAAGUAUUAAAAUGUAUGCACUCACUACUGUAAAUCGCUCUGGAUAAGAGCGUCUGCUAAAUGACUAAAAUUUCAAUUAAAACCAUACCUCAAUCAGUGUUAGCCAGUGGCCUCAGUGAGGAUGCAGAUAACAUGGAGGACAUGUUGCUACGGUAAAGUGUUAGUCAUGUAGAGCCUAGACGUUUGCUGUAAAGCUUCAGUAGAUCUCUUCCCAGGCCUGCUCUAAGUCUCAUUUUGAACCCUGAGGCCUCUUGAACAGCUGCCAGCAGUAUUAAACCAUCGUCUGCUUCUGAAUGUUUCCAGGACUCUAGGCCUGUUGGUCAAGCGCCUGGAGAGGGGAGGCAAGGCGGAGCAGCAGGGUCUGUUCCAGGAGAACGACUGCAUCGUACGCAUUAAUAAUGGAGACCUGCGUAACAUCCAUUUCGAACAGUAAGACACCUGUACCUACCGACCGGUCCUGAGCCUCCUGCGCGCCAGUUCCUCCCCUGCUCCUCUCCCUUCCUCUCCCCUCCACGGCUCUGUCUUCUAACCAAAGCAGGGCCUCUGCUGCCGCCGCUGUCUGUUGCAAAGCUGACCUCGUUCCUGUUUGACUCCUCCUAGUGUUGGGUCUUGGUAAAAUGGAGGCUGGCUGCCAUUCCUCUCAGCCUCGGUCCUCUCCAUACCUUCAAUCCUUUCUAUAUCCCCAUAUAUAUCUAUCAGCUCCAUCGGCUGCUAUGAAUACUAACCCCUCCCUGUUGGACUCUUAGGUCAAACCUACCUUCAGUAGGCGCUACCCUCUCAGCAUCCAUUUUUUUGUCUAGCAGCUCCAUUGGCUCCCUAAAUACCACUGCUUAACUUCCAUAGCUUCUGAUUUUCAGUGAUCUGUCUCUCUCUCUCUCCCUCAGCUCCUCUGUCUGACCAGAUCCUAACACCCUAGCUAACUGCUGCUGCCUCCCAUCCCGCUCUGCUGCAGAUACUGUUCCAUAGAAAUAGAAUGAGUACUUCGUGCUUUACGCCUAUGGGUACACUCAAAAUGGCCACCCAUUAUGGUGUCAUUGACUUGAAUGGGGAGCCCAUUCUAUUCAUUCUAGUUCUGUGUUGUACAGCUAAAGCUUCUGAAUACAAUGUUAAAUCUCUCUUUAUACUCUGUGGUCUACUGUAUAUCUAUGGCAGCGUAAACGGGCUGCUCCAAAUGUUGUGCUUUUCAGGAUUUUCUGUGCACACACUCACUCACAAUAACCUAUGGCUAUACUAUAGCCCUCCCACCCCCUUCCUUAAAGAUAUAACAGAGAUGCUUUUCGGACAUUUAGCAUGUGUAAAACUCUGUCAGUUUUGAUAUAUUUAAUUCAACCCCAGUAAGUAACUGGAAACAGUUGUCUGGGACUUGAUCUAGGCUGAAAUUGAUAUCCGUUUCCUUUGGGAAUAUUAUUAGUGGCUGGGAAAACGGCUAGGAAUUUUGACAAGGAAUUGCAGGGUCAUUGGGAGUGGGGUUAUGAUGUCUGUUCAGCAGUUUUUUGAGAGUGGAGAUCUGUCUACAUCCCAAAUGGCAACCUAUCCCUGAUAGUACACUGCUUUUGACUAGAGCCCUAUAGCCCCUGCCAUUGGGGGCGCAUCUGAGAUUACUAGCAAAGUCAACUUUACUGUACUGUAACAUGUGUGGCUAACAAGUCUCCUGCUAUGGUAACAUUACACUCAAUAGAUGUUUUCAGUUCACACCUACCUUACCUCAUGUUGAAGGGGUUUAAAAGGAUUUUUCUCCUAAUCAUUCUAUAGAAAGCCCAUUCCUUUCAUCUGUAGCUAAAUGAGGGAUUACAGUACAUGAUAAAACCUGGCAAGCCUAUUCUAAAGCUAUACAUUGUUACUUUCUACAAGCUUUAAUCACUGCUAUACAGUGCAGGUAGACCACCACUAGUGUACGUGUAACGUGUAUGCGUGAUCCACCAGCCCUGUUUUGACUGUAGGGUUGCAAAAUUCCAGUAACUUUCCGAAACCCCCCAGGUUUUGGAUGAUUCAGGAUUUCCUGCUUUUAUUUCACAUGAUUCCUGGAAUCUUCCAACGGGAUUUCUAGAAAACCUGGGAAUGUUGGGAAAAUUACCGGGAUUUUGCCACCCUAGUAAGCUGACUGUUGUUUUGGUUCUGCCUCCCUCAGAGCCCAGAACAUGUUCCGCCAGGCCAUGCGUUCCCCGGUCAUCAUGUUCCACGUGGUUCCCAACCUGAUGAAGGCCCAGUACGAGCAGCUGUCACACAGCGAGAGGAACCCCAACAUGGCCUACUCCUCUGGACGCUUCAGCCCCGACUCCCUAGCUAGCGAGAGAGGCAGCACCACCUCAGGCCUGGACCACACCCCACAGGUCUCUCUAUAUGUUUUUCUAUAUUCUCUGUCGUUGCUUUUAUAAUGCAAGGCAAAUUUCUGUGAAAACAGACAAUAAAAUGCUGUCUAAUCUUACAUCACAGUCCCGUGGUCCCCACCCCCACCCACACCCGGAGCAGGUCGACGCCUACACCCCUCUACCUCACCCCCUUGUGGGCUCCAUGGGCAAGCCCCCAUCAGGCCAUGCCCCCUCCCCUCACAGGGUGCUAAACUCAACCCCCACGGCGGGCUUCACCAAAAAGGUUGGCAGGAGACUCAACAUCCAGCUCAAGAAAGGUCAGCAUCCAACACACACACACCUAAAGAUCAGCAUUUGUUUAACCUCCGUAGGACCGUGAGUUUUUCCUGACUGUGGCAUGACCAAGGUCCAGAGUUUUUCCAGGUCAGGUCAUGUGGUCAGGAAAAGCUCCUGGUCCUACAUAUUGAAUGAUCUGAAUCCAUGCUUCACAGAGGUGGUUUGUGAUUGGCCCAACAGAGAAAGCAUAGCUUUCUGAGAGGCUGAGAAGCUGAAUUUAGCUUCUCAGCCUCUCAGAAGAAAAAUAACUAGUGUUUAGGUUUGUGUGAUGAAGUUGGAUAAAGAAACAAUUCUUCUAUUUGGGACUUCAAAGAAGAGAAUAGCAAAUUGUGUGGUUUAAAAAGUAUAUUCAUAGGACAUUGUCUUCAAAAUAAACACAUACGAGUCUCAACUCAUUGAUCUGUUUAUGAACAGACACACAUAUCAGAAUCAUUCAAUGUAGCCUUAAAUGUGAAUAAAGAUGGCCAAAAGGCCUCCCACUUUUGCCUGAAACGGUGGAGAGAAAAUGUGUUUCAGAUUGAUUCAUUAAUUCCUAAUUAAACACAUCUCCGGGGUGUAUGCAGUGACUGACAGCUGGACAGAGUUGGCCCACACAGUCCUCUGCAAUAGGAGACACGCGGGCAGGCAGGCCAUAGGAGACCAGUUGUGUGUGCCUGCACAGGCAACUGGGGGAGCCAGAGGGCUUGUUGCUAGGCAGCCACUCGUCUGUGUAGUGUGCACUGUGUCAAAAAGCUUGUUGAAGAUCGAAAGGCCUGCUUCGAAUGGCAUCCCAAACAGCACCCUAUUCGCUAUAGUGCACCAUUUUUUACCAGAGCCCUAUUGCACUAUUUGUGACAGCAGCCCGUAGGGCUCUGGUCAAAAGUAGUGCACUAUAUAGGGAAUAGGGUGCCAUUUAUACAAUCCCCACACUCCACAACCAGGUGUCUAUCAUAAUAUUAGGUUUUCUAUUCACUUCCUUUUGAAAGGAGGCUUACAUAAACAUAGCACUGUUAAUAACAUACACAGCCCCUGGCUUGUUUGUUGUGUUUUGAGUGCAGCAGACUAAACCUUAUUUGGUGGAUAGAUUUACUUGGCUUGUUGACAUCUUAAAGGGAUACUUCAGAAUUUUGGCAAUGAAGACUUUUAUCUACUUCCCCAGAGUCUGAUGAACUUGUGGAUACCAUUUUUAUGUCUGUGUGCUGUUUGAAGGAAGUUGCUAACUAGCGUUAGCGCAAUUGCUUACUAGCUUUAGUGCAAUGACUUGAAGUCUAUGGUAACAGCUAGCUUUUACCAUAGUCAUCCAGUCAUUGCGCUAACGCUAGCUAGCAUUGGCUCGUGAAACUACAACAAACUUCCUUCAUACUGGAUGCAGAGACAUAAAUAUUGUAUCCAUGAGAAAAUCUGACUUUUGGGAAGUAAAUAAAGUGCUUUAUUGCAAAAUCCCAACGUAUCCCUUUAAGAUGUAAACAAACUAAACUCACUGGUCUCUCCACAAAACCCAAACUCUAACGCAAUCAAUCUGGAAUAUUAGACUCCAGAGGAAAUUGAGUAUGUAUUUCCUAAUUAAGCUAACGUGUCUUUAAAGAUCCUGUGUACCAUAUGAAACACAUUAACGCUAAUGCCAUUUACCGGUAACUAUAAUACGUGCCCGUCCUAUGGUGGGAAGUUGAUUGGCUUAUUGACAUGGAGGGGAUUUAGAUUGAUCUUUAACAGAAUCCUCAGAGCGUUCUGGAAUCCUCUCUGUGUUCUACCUUGCUUGCAUUACCAUACACAGCUCAGACAGUCAGACAGAGGGAUUAGGCUGGGCAGACAUUCUCCUAAUGAUCUGACUGUGGUGCCAGCGGGAGAGGAGAGAUACCAUCCUCAACCUCUAGACUCUGAUUCAGGCUGUCUUAUUAGGCUGAGAGGGUUCCGCAGGUCAACACUGCAUUUUGUCUCAACCUUUCUUACUAACCGUCCAGAAUCCUUCCCUUGUUCCAUUUUCACCUUGUAUUACCUUAUGGCUAUGUCUGAAUACCCAUACUUGCGUUGUAAAUAGGCUUUUUGGGUAUGCACAUAAAAAAAUAUAUAUAGUAAGUGAAAUUUCAAACAUUUAGUAUGCUUUAAAUGCCAGGAUGUAAUAGCCAUUUCAACUUUACAUCUAGUAGAAUUCACUGCAUGUUAUUGAGGAAGAGAAAAGUAUUUUCCGACCCACGUGUGUUUGACAACAGCUGAUUAUCAAGAGAAGGGGACGCAAAAUGAACGGAUGGCGGGAAGCAACGCAAUUGCAAAUUAGAUUACACAUUAUCAGUAUGGGUGAGCCUAGUAUGUUGAUAUUUGUUGCUUACUGCAUAAGCUUCCACUAAACAGUACGUUCUAAAUAGUAUGUCGUUUUAGUAAGUAGUAAGCAAGACAGAUUUCGAACACGGCCAGAAUGUCUUGUUGCUGUGUUGGUCUUACUGUACUUGUGAUAUGAGGGUGAGUCAAAAUAUGACAGACUUUCUCACACAUACAGUGGGGAAAAAAAGUAUUUAGUCAGCCACCAAUUGUGCAAGUUCUCCCACUUAAAAAGAUGAGAGAGGCCUGUAAUUUUCAUCAUAGGUACACGUCAACUAUGACAGACAAAUUGAGAAAAAAAUAUCCAGAAAAUCACAUUGUAGGAUUUUUAAUGAAUUUAUUUGCAAAUUAUGGUGGAAAAUAAGUAUUUGGUCACCUACAAACAAGCAAGAUUUCUGGCUCUCACAGACCUGUAACUUCUUCUUUAAGAGGCUCCUCUGUCCUCCACUCGUUACCUGUAUUAAUGGCACCCGUUUGAACUUGUUAUCAGUAUAAAAGACACCUGUCCACAACCUCAAACAGUCACACUCCAAACUCCACUAUGGCCAAGACCAAAGAGCUGUCAAAGGACACCAGAAACAAAAUUGUAGACCUGCACCAGGCUGGGAAGACUGAAUCUGCAAUAGGUAAGCAGCUUGGUUUGAAGAAAUCAACUGUGGGAGCAAUUAUUAGGAAAUGGAAGACAUACAAGACCACUGAUAAUCUCCCUUGAUCUGGGGCUCCACGCAAGAUCUCACCCUGUGGGGUCAAAAUGAUCACAAGAACGGUGAGCAAAAAUCCCAGAACCACACGGGGGGACCUAGUGAAUGACCUGCAGAGAGCUGGGACCAAAGUAACAAAGCCUACCAUCAGUAACACACUACGCCGCCAGGGACUCAAAUCCUGCAGUGCCAGACGUGUCUCCCUGCUUAAGCCAGUACAUGUCCAGGCCCGUCUGAAGUUUGCUAGAGUGCAUUUGGAUGAUCCAGAAGAGGAUUGGGAGAAUGUCAUAUGGUCAGAUGAAACCAAAAUAGAACUUUUUGGUAAAAACUCAACUCGUCGUGUUUGGAGGACAAAGAAUGCUGAGUUGCAUCCAAAGAACACCAUACCUACUGUGAAGCAUGGGGGUGGAAACAUCAUGCUUUGGGGCUGUUUUUCUGCAAAGGGACCAGGACGACUGAUCCGUGUAAAGGAAAGAAUGAAUGGGGCCAUGUAUCGUGAGAUUUUGAGUGAAAACCUCCUUCCAUCAGCAAGGGCAUUGAAGAUGAAACGUGGCUGGGUCUUUCAGCAUGACAAUGAUCCCAAACACACCGCCCGGGCAACGAAGGAGUGGCUUCGUAAGAAGCAUUUCAAGGUCCUGGAGUGGCCUAGCCAGUCUCCAGAUCUCAACCCCAUAGAAAAUCUUUGGAGGGAGUUGAAAGUCCGUGUUGCCCAGCGACAGCCCCAAAACAUCACUGCUCUAGAGGAGAUCUGCAUGGAGGAAUGGGCCAAAAUACCAGCAACAGUGUGUGAAAGCCUUGUGAAGACUUACAGAAAACGUUUGACCUGUGUCAUUGCCAACAAAGGGUGUAUAACAAACUAUUGAGAAACUUUUGUUAUUGACCAAAUACUUAUUUUCCACCAUUUGCAAAUAAAUUCAUUAAAAAUCCUACAAUGUGAUUUUCUGGAUUUUUUUUCUUCUCAUUUUGUCUGUCAUAGUUGACGUGUACCUAUGAUGAAAAUUACAGGCCUCUCUCAUCUUUUUAAGUGGGAGAACUUGCACAAUUGGUGGCUGACUAAAUACUUUUUCCCCCCACUGUAACUCACACAUCCUCCUGUUUCAUCCUUUAGGUCCAGAGGGUCUGGGUUUCAGCAUCACGUCGCGCGACGUCCCCAUCGGCGGCUCGGCGCCCAUCUAUGUGAAGAACAUCCUGCCCAGAGGAGCUGCCAUCCAGGACGGACGCCUCAAGGCUGGAGACAGGCUGCUGGAGGUAAGACCUGAGACCAGGGGAUACAUCAGUAAAACUCUGUCAUUGUCUGAUCGCCCUGUUUCUAGAUCUCUGUUCUCAAUGGUUUAUGUUGUGUUAGCCUCUAAUACGGUGUAACUUCUGGUACAUAGAGACAUGUUGUUUAGGCUCAUAAUAGUAUCUUGGUGUGAUCAAUUCAAGUGAAUGAUAGCGUGUUCCUCAGUGUUGGGUUCAGGGGUCAAAAUCUGAAUGUGAAUCUGUAUGUUAUUAAUUGCCGUAUGUGUUCCAGGUGAAUACAGUGGACUUGGUUGGUCGGACCCAGGAGGAAGUGGUCGCUCUGCUGAGGGCCACGCCCAUGGGAGGAGCUGUGGGACUGGUGGUGCUACGACAGGAGGAGGCCUUCCCAGUAGGUCUAUCUCUGCUCCCCUAACACUGCAAACUGUACAUGCCUAGUCUCUUGGAUGCUUAGAGUCCCCGUUUGUUAUAAUGUCCCCUACUCUCAGGAAAGUGUGUGUACAUCAAUAUGUAUGUCGUUAUGUCCUGUGGUUGUGUGUGUCUUAUACCCUGUCACAGUUAAUCUCCCAAGUUCCCCAGUAAGUAUUGUGUUUUCCUUCCAUUCUCCUCCUAACACAACAUGCCAAUGCAGCAUGCAGAUUGAUUGUGCUACUCUGGCACUGCGCUACUCUUUAUUGUCCUGGACUAAGUCUCAAAUGGCAUCCUAUUCCCUACAUAGUGCACUACUUUUGAUCAGAGCCCUAUGGAUCCUGGUCAAAUGUAGUGCACUAUAUAGGGAGUAGGGCGCCAUUUAGGACGCAACCCUGAUCCAGUUAUUCUCCGUGGGAACCUGUAGCGCUCCGCUCCCUCAGAACAAAUUGGAUAGAUUGAUUGAUGGAUGGGUGAGAAAGCAGGCAGACGCAGGCAGGCUUGGGACAGACUGAGAAAUGCACUUGUUGUUGGGUAGAAUAUAAAUCAGAUUCAGCACCCACACAAUAGGUCCUGGUCAAAAGUAGUGCACUAAAUAGGGAAUAGGGUGCAAUUUGAGACAACCAUGGUAUGUUGUCAGAGUGACUAGAGGGUGACUACUCAGUUUGAGAUUAUAAUGGCUCAUGCAAACAUUAACAGUAAAAUGUAAUAUGCUUAUCAUAUCAAUUUAUUGUGUUUAUAUAGACACACCGGGUGUUUUAAUUUGUUUUAAUUGAAAGGUUUUAUAAAUACAAAUGUUUAUUUAAUGAAACAACACAUCUGGGCUUUUGUUAGUGUGUCUGAUGAAAGCAAUAGGGAGAGUUAAUGCUGGGGUUAUUUUUGAGGUCUAAAUCACCCUUCCUGUGUUCCAAAUGGCACCCUAUUACCUACAUAGUGCACUACUUUUGACCAGAGGCCCUGGUCAAAGGUAGUGCAUUAUAAAGGGAAUAGGGUGCCAUUUGGAACGCAGGCAGUGCCUCCGAGGUUGUUCAGUAUUUACUACCCUAGUCAUUGGCUACUAUACGAUCUCCCAACCAAACCGCCAGUGUGCUUCUUAAACACCUGUGCUAUUGCGCCAGGCUGAGUUAUAGCACAGAGUAGCACUUAAAUCCCCCCCUUCUCAUAAUAAUGGGCCAGAAUUUUCUCCUCUCACCAUUAGUGGAUCCCAACCAUCACCACCACUACCCAACAGCAGCUUCAAUCAACCCCACCACUCUCACCCUCCUCCAACAGUGACAGUUAUUACAACUGAAGACGCACACACCUUAUUGGCUGGCUGUCACUCUGGCCGGGCCGAGUUAGAUGUUGAGCCCAGGGGCAUUCAUCAGAGCCUCAUCGGGAUCAAUACUCAUCUUUUGAUUAGUCCAGAGCCAUUCUUUCACUCAGGAGGAUGCGUCCCAAAUGGAACACCCUUUUCCCUAUGGGCCCUGGUCAAAAGUAGUGCAUUAUGUAGGGAAUAGGGUGCCAUUUGGGACGCAGACUAGAUAUAUCUAUCUGCUAUCUCAUCUGACACACAUGACAGGAGGGGAUAUAAAUAUUGCACAGCGGAGAGAGAACCUGUUCUACCCCCAGGGGGAACACAGACCUGGUUCUUCUGACUCUGUAAUAGUGGGGUAGAGAGCUGGAGCAGCUACUCUGAGUUAUUCCCAGCCCCCAGGCAAUGAUUACUGAUAUACUGGUAAUAUCCAUAGAAGGGCUAUAGUGGUACAUGUGAGUAUGUAGUUUGGUAAAGAAAUGCAUUCUAUUGGUAUGUGUAAACACUGGGUAGCCCACUUCUACUGCGCAGUCUACAUUAGGUCAAUGGAUGAUGAUGAUUAGACAUGGUAGUUUUGAUUUCUGUCAAUCUACUCCAGGGGUAUUCAAAUGUGAGCCUGGAUGUCCAGAGAACUGCUGGUUUUCUGUUCUACCUGAACAAUUAAUUGGACCCACCUCGUGUCCCAGGUCUAAAUCAGUCCUUGAUUAGAGGAGACACAUGAACAUCAGCAGUGGAACUGGCUUCAAGGUCCAGAUUUGAAUUAGCCUGAUGUACACUGUAGGUGCUCCUCCCUCAGUUAGAUGUGAUGUUCAGUAUUGCUGCAUGUGUAAUUGACUACUGUUGUUUCUUCUGUCCCCUGUUUCCUAUAGAAUGCAGAGCCCCAGAUGCAAAGCCCCAGAGAUUUGGUAAGAGUCACCUAAACCCUACGUAUACCUGUUACCUGUCCCCUAUACUGAGUCAGUGGAGGCUGGUGAGGGGAGGAUGGCUCAUGAUAAUGGUUGGAAUGAAUGGAAUGGUAUCAAAUAUAAAGAAACCUUAAAAUGAACCAUGUCUCUUCCAUUCAUUCUUUUCCAGCCAUUACUUUGAGCCUGUUCUCCGAUAGAGCCACCAGCCACCACUGUCCCUGACCCACCUAAAAAGUGAUUCAUUUAUCAAGUGUAGUCAAAUAAAAUGUACUUUAUUGCACAAUUCUGCAUGUCCAAUUGUGCAAUGAUUUCAAAUAAAUCUCAUUAAUUUAGGUUUUCAGUAGGGCACUGUAGAGGAGGACAUAUUUUUAGUACUUGAAUAAUCUGCUCAGGGACACUCCCAAUGAUUCAGUGACAUUAACAACCUGGCCACACUCAUAGAUGACUUUCUCUGAAUGCAGUUAAAAGCUCAUUGUGCUAUUUGUCUUUGUUUGGGGACAUUAGGAGACCAUUUGCAUUGCAUUUACAUUACUCUCAACUGAUGAGAGAAGCCUCAUAAUUGACUGAUCCACUGUUUAGUAGGACUGUAUUUAAACAUAGAAUUGGAUCCUUGUUGUUUUUCACCACCUCUGUGUAGUUAUACUGUCAAGGUGAUUCAUUAUGAACUAUAUCAGCCAGCCAUUCUCAAGCUUUAUUGACCAGCUAAUUUGGUGCUUCUGUGACAUGUUUAGUUUGCUCCUCAAUUCAUGCACCUUGGUUGGAAAGCGAGGUAGCAGCCUAGAGUGGUAGUUCCAUGUUCCCUGUGCUCCUGUGAUACCUGACAGCUGCCUGCAUUCAUGGUUCUUAUCAUCAGCACGGUCUGUGGCCAAAUGGAGAACACUCUCGGUUAUGAUCCCAGCUGGCAUAUCAAACCCAUCACUUCAUCUCCUGAUGAUCUAAAUAUGGGUUUACUUCAGGGUGGCCCUUUCCUUUCCAGUAAAGCAUUCAUACCAGACCAGGAGGUGUGUAAUGGUUGUUGUUGUUAGAAUUGCCUCAUUUGGAACGGCUCCGGAGUGUUAUCGUUGUGCUCAGAUGAGACACAAUCCAGAUGAGACAAAUCCAGAGUAGGCACUUUAGAUCUCCAAGCAAUCUCUCACUCCUGUGUGAUUUUACAAGCCUCAGCAAUGAAUUCCUUCAUAAUGUAGGCCUACACGUUGUACAUCUAAAAGCAGUCUCCUCUCUCUCUCUCCUCUCUCUCUCUCUCUCUCUCUUAUGUGUGAUUUUACAAGCCUCAGCAAUGAAUCCUUUUCUUCUUUCCUUCCCGUCAUAUUCCCUCCAUAAUGGGCUCCACAAUUAUACACGGCAGAUGUUAUCUCUUGUUAGAGGCUUUGUUCCACAUGACUCUCAACAACACAUUAACGUUAUUGUUGUGGUGCCAGACAGACAGCAGCACUGAGGCUCUGAUACUAGUACAAAACAUGGGCUCUGGUCAAAAGUAGUGCACUAUAUAGGGAAUAGGGUGCCAUUUGGGACACAGUCUGUGUGUUUCCGGGUAGGAGACUGUUUCAGCGCAUUAGCCCCCCAUCUCAUCUGAUAGGCCCUCCUCCAGUAGCGGAAUGGAGGGAGGGAGGGAGGCUGGGUGGGAUGGAGGGAGGCUGGGUGGGAUGGAGGGAGGCAGGGUGGGAUGGAGAGAGGCUGGAGGGAGGUAGGGUGGGAUGGAGGGAGGCUGGAGGUAGGGCGUGCUGGAGAGAGGCUGGAGGGAGGGUGGGAUGUAGGAAGGCUGGAGGGAGGGAGGGAGGGUGGGAUGGAGGGAGGCUGGAGGGAUGGAGCCACGGGGGAACAAAGCUAAGAGCUCCACACAGCAAACGGCAUGCUCUCUCUGUACUGGACCAAUUAACCUGAGGCCUCACUUGAAGCCAUAGCAGCCUGCAGCCACUCUCCCAUCCCCCUCCCCAUCCCCCCUCUCACUAAAACAGGUCAAACACACAGAGACAAUAGGCAACAUCACCUUGACCCUCCACAUGAAUUAGCUCAGCACUUUAGCAACGUUAAUAAUUAAUACAUGUAUAAUCGCUGUUAAUAAUAGAUUAUCUCUCUUUGUGAGGCAGGAUUAUUGUUGACCCUAUGGGGGCUGUUGACCAUAUGGGGGCUGUUGACCCUAUGAUGGCUGUUGACACUAUGGGCCCUGGUCAAAAGUAAUACACUAUAUAGCGAAUAGGGUGCCAUUUGAGAUGCACCCAUGGACACGGUUAGUUGUCACUGCUGCUGACAUGUUUGGGGUUUGUUGCUUGUGUGGCGUUGCUACCAUGGCAUGAUGUGUGUGUGGAAUGUAACCGUAGGUCUUACUGUUCCCCUCUCCAGCGUCGCUCGGUGAGGGAGGCCAUGUCGGCUACGGCGCCCCACUGGCUGACUGAGGUAACCACCCACAAGUGGCUGUGUCCCAAAUGGCACCCUUUUCCCUAUAUAGUGCACUACUGUAGUGCACUAUAUAGGGAAAAGGGUGCCAUUUGGGAUGCACAGAGUGCCUCUGCAUGACAUCAUCACGCUGCUCUUUGGGACUGAAUCAAUCAGGAACCAUGAAGCAAAAGUAACACUGUUUGAACUGUCAAUUGAGCAGUUUAUUAGGACUGCCUAAGUAACAGUAAAUGUGGCCGUGGGUGGGUAUGCCAUGUGGUCUGUAUGGUCUGUUACUAUGUGCUGAUUUAGGAAGUAACUGCCUUUUCACCUGCCGUCGCAGGGCAAGACUGAUCUAAUACUUAUAUACAGUGCAUUCGGAAAGUAUUCAUACCCCUUGACUUUUUCCACAUUUUGUUACCUUACAGGCUUAUUCUAAAAUGGAUUAAAUAAAUGUUUCUCCUCAUCAAUCUACACACAAUACUCCAUAAUGACAAAGCGAAAACAGGUUUUUAAAAACAUUUGCAAAUGUAUUAUAAAUAAAAAACAGAAGUACCAAGUAUUCAGACCCUUUGCAAUGAGACUCGAAAUUGAGCUCAUGUGCAUCCUGUUUCCAUUGAUCAUCCUGUGGUAAGUUUUAUUGAUUGGACAUGGUUUGGAAAGGCACACACCUGUCUAUAUAAGGUCCUACAGUUGACAGUGCAUGUAAGAGCAAAAACCAAGCAUGAGGUCAAAGGAAUUGUCCGUAGAGCUCAGAGAAAGGAUUGUGUCGAGGCACAGAUCUGGGGAAGGGUACCAUCAAGACUCUUCCUAGAGCUGGUCGCCCAGCCAAACUGAGCAAUCGGGGGAGAAGGGCCUUGGUCAGGGAGGUGGCCAAGAACCCGAUGGUCACUCUGACAGAGCUCCAGAGUUCCUCUGUGGAGAUGGGAGAACCUUCCAGAAGGACAACCAUCUCUGCAGCACUCCACCAAUCAGGCCUUUAUGGUAGUGGCCAGAUGGAAGCCACUUCUCAGUAAAAGGCACAUGAAAGCCCGCUUGGAGUUUCCCAAAAGGCACCUAAAGGACUCAGACCAUGAGAAACAAGAUUCUCUGGUCUGAUGAAACCAAGAUUGAACUCUUUGGCCUGGAUGCAAAGCGUCACAUCUGGAGGAAACCUGGCACAAUCUCUACGGUGAAGCAUGUUGGUGGCAGCAUCAUGCUGUGGGCAUGUUUUUCAGCGGCAGGGACUGGGAGAAUAGUCAGGAUCGAGGGAAAGAUGAAUGGAGCAAAGUACAGAGAGAUCCUUGAUGAAAACCUGCUCCAGAGUGCUUAGCACCUCAGACUGGGGCAAAGGUUCACCUUCCAAUAGGACAACAACCCUAAGCACACAGCCAAGACAAUGCAGGAGUGGCUUCGGGACAAGUCUCUGAAUGUCCUUGAGUGGCCCAGCCAGAGCCUGAACUUGAACCCGAUCGAACAUCUCUGGAGAGACAUGAAAAUAGCUGUGCAGCAACGCUCCCCAUCCAACCUGACAGAGCUUGAGAGGAUCUGCAGAGAAGAAUGGGAGAAACUCCCCAAAUACAGGUGUGCCAAGCUUGUAGCGUCAUACCCAAGAAGACUCAAGGCUGUAAUCGCUGCAUUUACAUUUACAUUUACAUUUUAGUCAUUUAGCAGACGCUCUUAUCCAGAGCGACUUACAGUUAGUGCAUACAUUAUUUUAUCGAACCCACAACCCUGGCGUUGCAAACGCCAUGCUCUACCAACUGAGCUACAUCCCCUGCCGGCCAAAUCCCUCCCCUACCCUGGACGACGCUGGGCCAAUUGUGCGCGCCGCCCCAUGGGUCUCCCGGUCGCGGCCGGCUACGACAGAGCCUGGAUUCGAACCAGGAUCUCUAGUGGCACAGCUAGCACUGCGAUGCAGUGCCUUAGACCACUGCGCCACUCGGGAGACGAAGGUGCCAAAGGUGCUUCAACGAGGGUCUGAAUACUUAUGUAAUUGUGAUAUUUCAAAUUCUAAAAAACUACUUUUGCUUUGUCAUUAUAGGGUAUUGUGUAUUGAUUGAUGAGGGAAAAAAAACAAUUAAUCAAUUUUAGAAUAAUGCUGUAACGUAACAAAAUGUGGAAAAAGUCAAGGUGUCUGAAUACUUUCUGAAUGCACUGUGGUCUGCGUCUCAAAUGGCACCCUAUUCCCUAUAUAGUGCACUUCGAACAUGGCCCAAUGGCUUUGGUCAAAAGUAUUGCACUAUAUAGGGAAUAGGGGGCAUUUGGGACGCACACUUAGUGUAAAUCCACUGCUAAUAAUAUCCGUUAACUUUCUGUUUUGUUUGUGCUAUUAAGUUACACUGUUACUGUAAGUUGAUAUUGAAAAGCCACCAGUGCCAGUUACCCUGUAAUGUAAUGUAAAGCCAAGUCACAUUGAUCUAUGGUCACACAGACACAUUUCGUCUCCCUCGACUCAGAUUAAUAAUUGUUGUUGCUCUUUCUGCCCCUGCUCUCUACCUCGCAUGCACGCAACACGCACACACACAGCACGCACACACACAGCACGCACACACACACACAGUGUUAUUUGUGCCCCCUUGCAGAUGCGGCUGCAUUCAUGUCUCUAGUGUGUGAAUGUAUGAGUCAAUCAGAGGGCCCAGUGACUCUAGGGGAGAACAAGCUCUUGCCUUAAUUAAAGUGAUGUUUCAAGCUGCCACCUGUUCCUGCACAUACAGCACACAGUGACUGGGAGCAGCUGCUAGCUGGGUAAUUACCAUCACACAGUCACAGAAUAGGAGAGGAAGAGGACGUGGAUGGCUCUGGAGUCUAAUUCUAAUCUGAAGUCAUUCUAAUCUUGUGUGUACUGCACAAUGUGAAAUGUGUGUGUGUGUGUGUGUUUAGGUGAUUUGGCAGGGACUGUAUUUGCGAAUAUGCCUCAGAUGGAGUUAUUAAAAGACCCAUUACCUGCAUGUUCACCUCACAUAACGGUGAUUAUGCAGGACUGAAAGGUGAAGUCCUUGUCUUUGCUCACUGUUCCACUGUGUUUAAUGACUCACUGCCCCCUCCAUGAGGAGUGUUACUAUGACCUCCGUCUUGUGUGUGUGUCUCUCUUUGUGCAUGCACACACACCUCCACAUCAGUCUGUCUGGACUCCUGUCUGUCUAUCCCCCAGGUGUUUUGAUAUUCAUGGUCUAUCAGCAUGCGGUCUAAGGCAGAUAGUAAGAGAGAGAGAGAAGAGCUGCUUUAAAAAGAGCCUCCGAAGCACUCAGUGCUCUCCACAUGGGCUCCCUCCAGCAAUUACACCCUCCACUGCCUCCUCAUUUCUCCACUCCUCUUUGCGCUUUUAAUUCGUUUCAAGUGACUUUUUGAUUCAAUCAAAUCGACAGGUUUGUGUGGGAAAGUUGAGAGUACGCCUCUAAUCGUUUCAGGUGAUGCUGUUCCGAGCGAUGGGGGGUGUGAGUGAGGCCAGGUGUGUAUAGGAGCCAGGGCUGUAGGGGUUGAAAUUAGGGACGGGGGUGGAGGUGUCCUUUUAUUCACUCUGUGGAAUACAAAGCGCCUUGCAGCCUGGGUUGCUGAGGAGAGGGGAAGGACGGCAGUUCUGCAAUUGUGUUCCACAUGGAUUCAUCCUCUCUCUCCCUCUAUCUCACUGUCUCUCUCUCCCUCUAUCUCUCUCUCACCGGCUCUCUCCCAACCCUAUCUCUCUCUCAGCUAUCUCUCUCUCACCUAUCUCCCUCUCCCUCUAUCUCACUGUAUCUCUCUCCCUCUCACUGUCUCUCUCCCCCUCUCUCUCACCUAUCUCUCUCUCACUGUCUCUCUCUUCCUCUGUCUCUUUCUCCUCUCUUUCUCUGUUCUCUCUCUUUCUCUCUAUUCCCUCACCCGCUCUCUACCCUUCUCUCUCCCCAAAGUAAUUCAAUCUCUCUCUCUGCAAACAAUGGGAGCAAAUGAAUGUAUGACACUGAGCUUGAUUAUGACUGCAUUCAUUACACAUGCUCAUAAUUGCUAGUAGUUUAGUGUGCCGAUUUAUUCAGAGGACAGCUGUCAAUUGACAAGGCAGAGAGAACAGCUUUUUUGUUAUUCAAUGAUGCUCAGGCACCUGUUGCAUUUUGUGAUAUAGCAUAUGUGUCUGUUUCUGUGUGUAGAUAAUGCACUUAAUUAUAUACAUUAUAGUGCCUUUCUGGUGCCUGUGAGGUGAUCACAGAAUCAAAUCAAAAUUGAUUUGUCACAUGCUUCGUAAACAACAGUGAAAUGCUUACUUACGGGAAAAUAUAGAAAAAUUAUAACACGAGGAAUAAAUACACAAUGAGUAACGAUAACUUGGCUAUAUACACGGGAUACCAGUACUGAGUCGAUGUGAAGGGGUAUGAGGUAAUUGAGGUAGAUAUGUACUGUACAUAUAGGUAGGGGUAAAGUGACUAAGCAUACUUAAUAUGAUCAGAUACUCACUCAGUAGCUCCAUUCUUCUGCCAAUGUGUUUAGUCACAAUGUCAAUGUAGGCUCUGUGUUGCUACAGAAGGCCAUAAUACAUACCGAAUACCAACUUCUAGGAUCUCUAUGAUAGACAGUGUAUCCAACCUUAACCCCAAGAACUCCCAAUGACACACAUGUUCAUGCUGAAAUUCUCUCAUCUGUAACUAAACUCAUAGAUGUGAGUUGGUCAUCCCAUAGCUCCUGAUGCUGAGGAGCAUCGGAAUCAACAUAUCUGCAUCCCAAAUGACACCUUAUUCCCUAUAUAGUGCACAAAUGUUGACCAGGCCCUGGUUAAAAGUAGUACACUAUGGAGGGAAUAGGGUGCCAUUUGGGACGCUGAUCUUGGAUUCGCUUAUCAGUAGAUCUCACAGUAGCAGAAAUGACCAGUGACACCAUCCUUUCUCCGUCCUAGAAGGUUGAGGAGGAUGACCUGGUGUUGACCCCUGACGGAACCAGGGAGUUCCUGACCUUUGAGAUCCCUCUGAGUGACUCGGGGUCGGCAGGGUUAGGGGUCAGCGUCAAAGGCAACCGCUCCAAGGAGAACCACGCUGACCUAGGCAUCUUCGUCAAGUCCAUAAUCAACGGAGGAGCUGCCUGCAAGGUGAGUCUUACCUCUCUCAUUAGGAUUCCAAUGUUCAUGAUCAUAUAAGUCAUCAUGUCUUUUUGGAGUUUAUAUACUGGACUAAUCUGCCUAUUAGCAUAUUCUGUCUACCAGUUCUGAUUUGACAGUGAACUUCAUUGCUUUUUCUGCUAUUCGUUAUUCCACUGACAGUACAGUAACCUUGGUGCCAGUCUGUUUCUUGCACUCUAGCCACCUCUCUAGGGAAUGAAGUAGCCUGGGUGUCACUUGUUGUUCGGUGUGACAAGGAGUUGGCAAGAUAACACAAACAGAUCUGGGACAGGGUUAACAGCACAGUGCUAAUUCGUUGAACAGUCUGAUUGUGGGUGUUGACUGAUUCUGAUCCUACGUGCCAUAUGCUGUGUGAACAGGAUGGAAGGCUGUGGGUCAAUGACCAGCUGAUAGCGGUGAACGGGGAGUCGUUGAUAGGCAAGACCAACCAGGAGGCCAUGGAGACGCUAAGGAAGUCCAUGUCGGUAGAGGGCAACAAACGUGGGACGAUUCAGCUGAUAGUGGCCAGAAGGGUCACCAAACGCAGUGAGGUAAGCCCAACCAUCCCUUUGGGACAGCUGUGGAGAUUAUUGGACUAACACCAGUCUUAGGACGGGCUCAUAGUAAUGACUGGAACGGAAUACAUUUAACCGUGUCAAACACAUGGUUUCCAUGGUUUCCAUGGGUUUAAUACCAUUCCUUUUAUUCCAUUCCAACCAUUACUAUGAGCCAUCCUCCUCUCACCAGCAUCCACUGACUAACACGUGUGUAUGCUGAAAUACCUUUCUAACCCACAGGGCGUGUAUGUGUGAUGGUAGGCUUUUUGGAGGCUUUGGAGGCAGUGGCUGACAGUACUGUGGCUCUCCCUCCUCCUUUCCUUAGUUACUUCCAUUGCCAAUGUAUUGUUUGUCUUUUCACAUGUUUAAUUACCUGAUUAAAGAUUAAAGUUUUUUUUUAAUGACUGCGUUCUGUUUUGUGUAUGCAUUUGUUUUGCAGAAAAUGGUGGUCAUUCUUACUUACAGUAAAUUGACAAUAUUCCUAAAUAAGCUAAAGACAACCCAUCACUCUGUGACCGCUGACCACCCAUUACAAUGAUGCCUUCAACAUUUGUUUUAAGUUUUUCUAAAACACUUGAUACAGUUGUUCAGUUACCAUUAACACGCACCCUCCCACAUGUAGUCUCCAUGUUAAAUUCCAAGGCCAGUGACAGGUUCCCUGUUCUGGACUGGAGAGCUCUGUUAUGGUUAUGAUUAAAGAGCAGUGGGUCAGGUGGGUCACAGCAGUUCACACGACAUGAGCUGUGUCCCAAAUGGCACAUUAUUCCCUAUGAAGUGCAGUGCUUUUGAACAGGGGCUCUGGUCAUGCUCUCGUCUUAGCCUCCAUGCCCCGGGGUCCAAUGGGGGAAUUGGUGACGGCUGGCCAACAAAGUAUUUUUCAUUUCAAUGCCAUCAUACACUUUCUCUCGCUCUCUCCACAUUUCAAUGUCAUGAUAUGGGUACAUACUCCAGACUCUAUCCUGGCUUGAUCACUUCUCUAUCUGAGAGCUGUGCCAAUGUGUACUGCACUGUCCCCUUUACAACAGUGUGUUGGUUGUAGUGUGUACUGUACUGUAUGCCUCCAUCCCUGCCUCUGCCUCUUGCUACAGGACAUGUCAGACCUGUGAUUUCCCAUGGUGCAGCUGGUAAUUGAAAGCAGAGUGGGGGCUAAGCUGUGUGCUGCAGUCAGGGGGCAUGUUGUGCUGUGGAGAAGCCAAGGGUGAGAGCAGAGAGCACUGGCUGUGAAUGAGGUACAGACACAUGGGGGAGACUCGUCAAUAUCUGCUUCACAGAUACAGCUGAAAGGAUAACUUAGACUAGAGGUAUCUAUAUAGAAGAGGAAUUAUACUUGAUUGAUCCAUUUUCCUUGCAGUCCACAGAGUAUGUGAAAUACAGUGCCUUCAGAAAGUAUUCAUACCCCUUGACUUAUUCCACAUUUAGUUGUUACAGCCUGAAAUCAAAAUGGAUUCAAUAUAUAUAUUUCUUCACCCAUCUAUACACAAUACCCAUAAUGACUGUCCAAACGGCAAGUUACAAGUGUUCAAAUUGGAUUUGUGUGUUUAGACAGCAGUCAUUGUAACAACGGUGUGUGUGUGAAGUGGUGUAGGCUGAUUGGUGUUGGUCAGGGGUGUCAAACUAAUUCUAGGGAGGGCCUAGUGUCUGCUGGUUUUAGUUUUUUCCUUUCAAUUAAGGCGUAGACAACCAGGUGAGGGGAGUUCCUUACUAAUUAGUAACCUUAAUUCAUCAAUCAAGUACAAGGGAGGAGCGAAAACCCGCAGAUCUCCUUGGAAAGAGUUUGACACGUGGUGUUGGUACUCGUGGUUCCUAUCACUCAGAAGUUGUGUAGCAAGCGAAGGUGACAACAAUGCCUGCCAUGGACGUUUCCCAGUUGCUUUGAAGAUUCAAAAUCAUAGUGUAAGAACACUUUUAAAGCCUCAGAGGAUAAGAUGAUCGAACUUCAAGUCCUUUUUGGCUAGCCACAACAGUCAAAUAGCUCACGGUUUCCCAAACUCGGUCCUGGUCAAAUUGGUUGUUGAUCAUUGCUAGACAGCCAUUUUCAAGUCUUGCCAUAGUAUUUCAAGUCCAACUGUAACUAGGCCACUCAGGAACAUUCACUGUCUUCUUGGUAAGCAACUCCAGUGUAGAUUUGGCCUGGUGUUUUAGGUUAUUGUCCUGCUGAAAGGUAAAUUUGUCUCCCAGUGUCUGUUGAAAAGCAGACUGAACCAGGUUUUCCUCUAGGAUUUUGCCUGUGCUUAGCUCUAUUCAGUUUAUUUGUAUCCUAAAAAACUCCCCAGUCAUUGCUGAUGACAAGCAACCUCAUAACAUGAUGCAGCCACCACCAUGCUUGAAAAUAUGAAGCGUUGUACUCAGUGAUGUGUUGGAUUUGCCCCAAACAUAACGCUUUGUAUUCAGGACAUAAAGUUAAUUUCUUUGCCAAAUUUUUUGCAGUUUUACUUUGGUGCCUUAUUGCAAACAGGAUGCAUGUUUUGGAAUAUAUUUAUUCUGUACAGGCUUCCUCCUUUUCACUCUGCCAUUUAAGUUAGUAUUGUGAAGUAACUACAACGUUGUUGAUCCAUCCUCAGUUUUCUCACACAGCCAUUAAACUCUUUUAACUGUUUUAAAGUCACCAUUGGCCUCUUGGUGAAAUCCCUGAGCGGUUUCCUUCCUCUCCAGCAACUGAAUUAGGAAGGACACCUGUAUCUUUGUAGUGACUGGGUGUAUUCAUACCCCAUCCAAAGUGUAUUUAAUAACUUCACCAUGCUCAAAGGGAUAUUCAAUGUCAGCUUGUUUUAUUUUUACCCAUCUACCAAUAGGUGCCCUUCUUUGCGAGGCAUUGGAAAACCUCCCUGGUCUUUGUAGUUGAAUCUGUGUUUGAAAUUCAUUGCUCGACUGAGGGGCCUUACUGAUAAUUGUAUGUGUAGGGUACAGAGCUGUGGUAGUCAUUCAAAAAUCAUAUUAAACACUAUUAUUGCACACAGAGUGAACUUAUUUAGGCUUGCCAUAAGAAAGGGGUUGAAAACUUAUUGACUCAAGACAUUUCAGCUUUUCACUUUUAAUUAAUUUGUAAACAUUUCUAAAAACAUAAUUCCACUUUGACAUUAUGGGGUAUUGUAGGCCAGUGACACAACAUCUACAUUUAAUCUAUCUUAAAUUCAGGCUGUAACACAACAAAAUGUGGAAAAAGUCAAGGGGUGUGAAUACUUUCUGAUGGCAUUGUAUAUAUGAACCAUAGUUGAAAUCUACCACAGACGUUCAGGUGGCACAGCUUCAUGCACAGGUUGUGUUCCUUUCUCUCAUCAACUCUCUUUCCUUCCUCAUCUCCUCCAUCUUUAGGAUCAGGUAAUCAUCACCUUAUUUUGAAUCUGAACGAAUCCUUCCUCAAUACUAAACCCCCACACAGGGCUAUUCAGACAGAUCCCCUCGUCACAAUUCAGACCCAAUGGAGUUCAGCCCUGCACCAGUUUAAUUAUAGGACUGAAUAUGCAAUGAGUAGAGUGGUAAUUUGUUGACCGACCUCAAUAUGGAAAACCUCCUUGGUUAUUUUAAAUGCAGGCUAGAUAGGCCCUCCGUUGCAGCCAGUUUCAUUAACUAUCCCAUUUAAAGUAAAGAGAGGCUGACUUCCAACAGUCUGAAGCCAUAUGGCCUCUCUAGAAAUCAUUCUCCAGGUCUCCAGCCUGAGUCAUUCUCUCUUACCCUUAUUUUACUGGCAAUAGUCUGCUUGGUGAUUGUUCAGCUGUUUCUGCAUGAAUAAAACGGAACCUUUCUGUAUCACACGAUCUCUGUCUGUGUUAACAUCACAUCUAUCAAACACCUGGGAAAUGAAAUGAAGAGCUGUGGAUUGAUUAUUCACUGAUGACAUUUCCUCUUGCUGUGAUGCACAUCUGUUGAUGAUGGCAAACCUUAUAGUAAUGUUAGGUUCUAAGUUCUGGUACAAAUCCAGUCAGACACAACAUACAUCUCUCUCUCCCUCUCUACCGCACCUGCUGUCUCGACCUCUGAAUGCUUGGCUAUGAAAAGCCAACUGACAUUUACUCCUGAGUUGCUGAUCUGUGGCACCCUCUACAACCACUGUGAUUAUUGUUUGACCCUGCUGCUUAUCUAUGAAGAACGAUCUGGCCUUAAUGGCCAUGUACUCUUAUAAUCUCCCCCCGGCACAGCCAGAAGAGGCCUGGCCACCCUCAGAGCCUGGUUCCUUUCUAGGUACUUCCUAGGUUCCUGCCUUUCUAGGGAGUUUUUCCUAGCGACUGUGCUUCUACAUCUGCGUUGCUUUCUCUUUGGGGUUUUAGGCUGUGUUUCUGUAUAAGCACUUUGUGAAAUCUGCUGAUGUGAAAAGGGCUUUAUAAAUCAGUUUUAUUUGACAACUAACACAAGCACAUAUUUAUAACAUCCGACUAGGCGGAGUCAUCUCCUUGUAUGUCUAAGAUAAACAGUCAUUCUCUGUUGCUGGGCAGGAACUGAGUCUGUUCCUCUAAUUGGUGUGGCCCAGCCUGAGCCCAGAACCUUCUUGGGCGGGGAUGUGUGUGUGAGAUAAGUCUUCAGUUAGUGUUGUUAGGUGGGCCCCUCUGGCUCCUCUCCCAGAGGUUUCUUCUCUCUUCAACUGUUGUCCUCACCUCCAUCUCAAUGUUGAGUUCCAGUCAUUUCUACUGAUUCGAUGUAAUUCUAUGGUCCAUACACAUUCAACCCCACUUCCUCCCCUGCUCCUCAGUCAUGUGUGUUUUAAAGGUGACAGUCAGCAAAUGGCCUGUUUGUCCAAUAAACAGCAGUGUGUCCGAUAGACACCUGACGGAAAUGUCACUGUGCUGCUGCUCUCCUGUGGGGGAAUGUUGACAGCAGGUGUCUUAACUGCUAUUGGAAAUUCAUGGUCAUUUAUCUAGCUAGCCGUGGUCGUGGUGGUGCUGCGGCUAAUGUUAGCACUAGGCUAGCAUGCCUCUACCGGACUGCCUGUCCCUCACAGACGGGAUAAGGGAUCAUCUAUAAGUUAAGCUGUCAUUGUUGGUGCUAUCUUAAAGUGAGAGCGAAAGAGCAAUAAUGGGGUUGUGUCAUUGAGCUAGUUCAAACAUUUUAAAGAUUUAAGAUUCAAGAUUUAAUCCAAAUGUGCCAAAGGGAGAAUGUUGUCUCAUACUGCACAUUUCCCACUAUAAUAAGGAUAUUUUUUCCAUUGUGUCAUGUAUUGACUGUACCUGUCUUCCCACCCCUCUGUAUGUAGCUGGAGGCCCCAGGGAGCCCCCUGGGACCGGAGCAGACCCUCCUGAACUCCUCCCUGCUGGACGACCGGGAGCGUCGUAUCUCCCACUCCCUGUACGGAGGCAUAGAGGGCCUGGACGAUAACCUGAUGCCACGGCAGGCCCUGAUGGGCAGGAUGAUGGGUGAGUCAGGUGACCCCGUAGAUACAGAUGGAGGACUCUAGAUGGAUACACCCGUUUUAUCACGGACAUUGGCAAAGUUGAGUCUUCUGGCUAACUCUAUGGGUGACUCACUAUAUCAGGGGUAGGCAACUAGAUUCACUAAUAAUUAGUACACUGCAAAUUGACCACAACAAAGCCCAAAAAGAGAUUGUAUUUGAAAAUAACAAUUAUUUCAUACCUUGAUUACAGUGAGACACUAUCACAUCUCUUUUUUUUAUUCGUGGAAAUACUUGGGAACAGAUUUCCUAAAUUAAACACAUUUAUAGCUCAAUUCCUGCCGAUUUUAAGUUGUUUUUUUAUACCUGAAACUAAAAUAGCCCCCAAUUUGAUUUACUAAAAACUUCUGGGGGGGCCAAACAAAUCCCUUGCGGGCCGGUUUUGGGCCAACCGCCUGUUGUUGACCCCUGCCCUAUAGCUUCUCACACCCUUACUGCUGGGUUAGCGCCAGAUCUCUGUCAGUCAUUCACACUCUACAAACUGUAACCUAACAGUAUUGAUAACAGCCUAUUCACACAUGAGCCAAGCUCAGAUACUGUGGUAUUGUAACUGGAACAACCAGGGCCAAAGAAUUAAAACUAUGAACUAAUAAGACACCAUUUCUGAUGACUCCUACUGGUAAAUAAGUAUUCACUUUUAACCAUUUAUAUACUAGAGUAGGUGGACCAUGAGUGGACUGGAAUAGGUGCACCUCUACCUCCUGUUGUAACAUCUGGCUUAGCAGUUGGUUGGCUGGCUGGUUGGUAUCUAAAUUCUAUGAUUGAUUUAAUCUCUGCCGCUCAAUUCUGGCCGGACCGUUAAAAUCCCUGUCCUCCCAUCAAACUGCCUGCCUGCCGUCCUGUCUCACUGUUUGUCAGCCCAAGGCCCUCACACACACACACACACACACACACACACAUCUGGUCUUCUCUCUCAGGGUCGGCCUGAGGCGCUGUCAGAGCAAACUCCAAACAGAGAGCUCAGGGAUUCACAGAGCACACACACACACACCGCUGAAUCAAUCAGAAGGUGCGCUGCACCAUACAAGGGCCCCUGAGCUGUAAAUCAUCCACAAGAUUUUCCGACCUUUUCCUUUACAUUUUCCAAGACAUUAAGAUCAGCUGAAAGUUGAAUGGAAACUCAAAGCACUGUCACAGUUACACCAUUUCCUGUGUUGACAAACCUGGUGGUCGCAGAUCAUAUAAUCCACUGUAAAAACACACGUGGACCGCAGGGGAAGGUACUACUUUCUCUAACCUAAUGUUGUUCUUACAUUACCAUCACUCUGAUGUAACAACCUACUUGAUAGGUCGAUGUCAUCAUUGUGGUUUUACAGACUUGUUUAAUGCGUUAUGUACCGUAUUUUCCGCACUAUAAGGCGCACCGGAGUAUAAGCCGCAGCAGCUAAAUUGAAUGAUAUUGAAUGAUGUGUACAUAUAUAAGCCGCACUGGACUAUAAGCCGCAGGUGUUUUAAUGUUUAAUUACCAUAUGUAAGGGUUCGUGCACAGAGGGGAUUGUCGGGAAAGAGACAAACUGUCUCGCUCUCGUAAUGUCUGUCUGUCUUGCUCUCGUUCUGUCUCUCGUACCACUCUCGGUUCCACUUUUACUUUUGCGCGCUACCUGUCUCACUCUUUUCCGGCCUCCAGCUUUUCCUGCUGGAGCCCGCCGCUUAAAGGUGGGGGGCACGGACCGGUCAUAGAGCCCAUAGAGUUAAAGUUGGUGGACUGUAACCUGUAAAAUCCAUAGAUUUAGGAGGUCUUCUAGUGGCCGUUAGCUGUAAAAAUCCAUAGAUUAGCCGCACCGUUAUAUAAGCCGCAGGGUCGAAAAAUGGGAAAAAAGGCGCGGCUUAUAGUCCGAAAAUUACGGUACACACUUUAUUAGAAUACUUAUGAAAUGCACUCGCUUAUUUUCCCUCGACUCCAACCCCAUUCGAUGCAUUGAACGGAUGUGGGUGGGGCAAUGUCUACAUAAGGUUGCAAAUUAUAAACCACAAAACUUGAGGCCGAUACGUAAAGCUUAAUAAAGAGCAGUGAUGCUAGCAAGAGCAGGUUUCUUAUUUUUUCUCAUAUGCCUGGGUGUUAAAAGUAAUUACGUUACUCAUUUUGAGUAAUCCAAAGGAUUACUUUACUGAUCACUGGUGUCGUUUAGUGGCCACCUAUUCCCAAAAGUAGUGCACUAUAAAGGGAAUAGGGUGCCAUUUGGGACGCAGACAGAGAGUUCAAUAUUUUCAAUGCAGUUCAACUAUUCCCCUCCAUUACCCUUUCAAAUCCCUCUCCUCCCACAGUGCUUUUGAGCUAUUAAAGGGAUAGUUCACCCAAAUUACUAUCCCUUUAAUAAUUGUUUUCCCCUAAAAUAGUUUUGGAAGCCACCCUUAUCAUUAUCCUUUGUGUAGACUAUUAAACAGUAUCUGUCACACUUUGUCUCCAAUGCCUGUCCAUGUCAUAGAUUCAGACAGGCAGUUGUGUAGAGAUCAAAUGAGAUUGACACAGUCACACCUAGCCCACUCAUAGUUGUAUCAUCACUCCUGGUUACAGAGAAAACAAAGUAUCCGUUCUGUCUAUUAGAUUACACAUACAAGUAUGGUACUAGACAGGGCAUUACAAACCAUUUCAUAUGUCAUAGAUUACGUUUUUUAAUAAAAGGUUUUAUUAGAUGAUGUUAGUGUGAUGUUACAUUACAAUAUAUCAUUAAUGUGAAUUGGAAAGCCGACGUGAACUGUAAUCGUAGAGAUGAAUGAAAAUAACAUUUUCAGCCUACAUUUUCAGGCUGGUGAUUUAUUGUAGGCUGAACAUUUUAUUUUCAUUCAUCUCUAUGAGUAGAGUUAACUUCAGAUUUACAAUUCACAUGAAUGUAUAUAUAGAUUAUAAUACUCAUACUUUAACAGUUUUAACAGUGUUUUGUUGUUCCCCAGGUCACCAUGGGUCUCAUAUUGUUUGAAAAUCACUGUUUUUCUAAUGUUUUAACUUUUGAUGAUGUCAUCAGGUAGAACUUAUAUAUACACACUGGUUUGGUGCUGGUGAUUAUGAAUAUGAGGUUGAAAAGUGGCAGAGUUGCCCUUUAAGCAAAAGCACUCUUACAUAAAAUACAAAUAGUUUAGCAAUAAAUUAGUUAUUGUAAAUUAUCUUCAUGUGAAUUAAAAAAACUAAACUAGAAUCUUAACCAUCAUUAUGGGGAUACAUUGUCAUAAAACAUUUUGAAUUAUUUUGAAGUCAAAAAUGUACCUCCAGAUACAUUUGCAGUUGACUAUUAUUACCACUACGUUUGGAAUAUUAAGACCCCCCACCUUUCUGGCAACAUUAUUGGACUAGUCCCUCUCAGUGGUGUAAUAAUCCAUUUGCUCAUGAGAACUGGCAAUACAGAUUUCUGUCUUGGUACCAAUAUACACUACCGUUCAAAAGUUUGGGGUCACUUAGAAAUGUCCUUGUUUUCCAUGAAAACAUACUUGAAAUGAGUUUGAAUAGGAAAUAUAGCAAACUGCAUAGGAAAUGUAGUCAUUGACAAGGUUAGAAAUAAUGAUUUUUAAUUAAAAUAAUUGUGUCCUUCAAACUUUUCUUUUGUCAAAGAAUCCUCCAUUUGCAGCAAUUACAGCCUUGCAGACCUUUGGCAUUCUAGUUGUCAAUUUGUUGAGGUAAUCUGAAGAGAUUUCACCCCAUGCUUCCUGAAGCACCUCCCACAAAUUGGAUUGGCUUGAUGGGCACUUCUUACGUACCAUACGGUCAAGCUGCUCCCACAACAGCUCAAUAGGGUUGCGAUCCGGUGACUGUGCUGACAACUCCAUUAUAGACAGAAUACCAGCUGACUGCUUCUUCCCUAAAUAGUUAUUGCAUAGUUUGGAGCUGUGCUUUGGGUCAUUGUCCUGUCGUAGGAGGAAAUUGGCUCCAAUCAAGUGCCGUCCACAGGGUAUGGCAUGGCGUUGCAAAAUGGAGUGAUAGCCUUCCUUCUUCAAGAUCCCUUUUACCCUGUACAGAUCUCCCACUUUACCACCACCAAAGCACCCCCAGACCAUCACAUUGUCUCCACCAUGCUUGGACAGAUUGCAUCAAGCACUCCUCCAGCAUCUUUUCAUUUGGUCUGCGUCACAAAUGUUCUUCUUUGUGAUCCGAACACCUCAAAAUUCGAUUUGUCUGUCCAUAACACUUUUUCCCUAUCUUCCUCUGUGUUCUUUUGCCCAACUUCAUAUUUAAUUUUUAUUGGCCAGUCUGAGAUAUGGCUUUUUCUUUGCAACUCUGCCUAGAAGGUCAGCCUCCCGGAGUCGCGUCUUCACUGUUGACGUUGAGACUGGUGUUUUACGGGUACUAUUUAAUGAAGCUGCCAGUUGAGGACCUGUGAGGCGUCUGUUUCUCAAACUAGACACUAAUGUAUUUGUCCUCUUGCUCAGUUGUGCACCGAGGCCUCCCACUCCUCUUUCUAUUCUGAAUAGAUCCAGUUUGCGCUGUUCUGUGAAGGGAGUAGUACACAGCGUUGUACGAGAUCUUCAGUUUCUUGGCAAUUUCUCGCAUGAAUAGCCUUCAUUUCUCAGAACAAGAAUAGACUGACAAGUUUCAGAAGAAAGUUAUUUGUUUCUGGCCAUUUUGAGCCUGUAAUCGAACCCACAAUUGCUGACGCUCCAGAUACUCAACUAGUCUCAAGAAGGCCAGUUUUAUUGCUUCUUUCAAUCAGCACAAAAGUUUUCAGCUGUGCUAACGUAAUUUCAGAAGGGUUUUCAAAUGAUCAAUUAGCCUUUUAAAAUGAUAAACUUGGAUUAGCAAACACAACAUGCCAUUGGAACACAGGACUGAUGGUUGCUGAUAAUGGGCCUCUGUACGCCUAGGUAGAUAUUCCAUAAAAAAUCUGCCGUUUCCAGCUACAAUAGCCAUUUACAAAAUUAACAAUGUCUACACUGUUUUUCUGAUCAAUUUGAUGUUAUAUUAAUGAACAAAACAUUUGCUUUUCUUUUGGAAACAAGGACAUUUCUAAGUGACCCCAAACUUUUGAACGGUAGUGUAUAUGGUACCAUUUAGCUCUGGCAACAUCAUCAUUGGAGUAGUCCCCUCCAGUAGUUUUAACAUCCACCUCCUUAUAUGAAUGGAUAUUUCCAAUCCCCACAUUAUAGGCUGCUAUUCAUCCUUUCAGAUUCCUCUCUGUUCCAGUUGAACUUUUCCUUAAUCUUAUCGAUGAAUUCAAUGAGAUACCCAGUGGCUUCUUCAAGAUGUUCCUCACUGUCCCAUUCCCCCUUAGGAUUCAGGUGGUUGCCACCGGUUGGGGUAAAUUUCAAUCUGCAUAAGCCCAAAGGCCUUUCCAUAGUCCCCCCAGCCUGGUUUGGGGAUCCGUGGGGGGUCCAUCUCCUGUAUUGCUCUCCCACCCCUGGACUCUCUUGAGAUGCUGCCACAGAUUAUAGCUGGGUGUAUAUCAUAAUUUAUCGCCACCUUGUCGAUGAUGUCCUUGUACUUCAUGUCACCCGGAUUAUGCCUUGCCAUUUUGUCAGAUGCAUCCUCCCUUGCAGUGUAGUGGUUUGCUCCUGCUGUCUCCCUUGAGGCACAAGUAGUUUCAACCAGAAUAAUCUCUCCAUAACGAGAGUUUGUUAACCACCCUAAGGCUCUGUAUAACAUGAGAUAUGGACUGACUUCUUCCUUAACACAGUCGCAUGGCACCUCUGCUUUUUCCCGUAUAGCCAUGUGGUCGCCUCAGUUGAACGUGCAUUGACAGUGUGCACACCCGCUGUCCGUUUUUAUAGAGUAGGUCUACCUGGAUUGCUCUUAUAUUGGUUUGGGGAGUGCGCAUGAUUUCCAGGAAACCACUGCUCAAUUCAUAAAAGCCAAGCCCAAUAUGGGAAUAGCUGGUAAUGAACCAUGCCUGUGCAAGGUACAAAAACACAACCCAGGCUUGUUGCAUUAUUUUGCUUCAGUAGUAGUCCAUUGGCCAGGAGAGACUGUGCUGCGUUCAGAUUAGACUUAAUUACAGACGACAUGAACACUGUGGGCUAGCUGGUUUGAAAAACAUGCUAUCUUACAUCCAAAAUUCAAAACAGAAUAAAUACAUCACUUUGAACGUCAACACCUCUUAGCUAGGCUCUGUAACAUUGCUAGCCCCUGAGAAUACAAUGGCAAAAUUAGUUAUAGUUGUAUUGUUUUAGUUAAGACUAGUCAUGAUCGGGGCUAUCACUCGGUUUGGCUUUGCCUGAUUUCUCUGAUCACUUUACCAUUGUUGUGCAGACCUUACCCGCUGCUAUGACAAUUAGCCUAGAGAGGAUAAGAGACUUGAGUUAAUGAUUCUCUUCUUUAGGCAACGGCUCGUUUUUCAAGAAGUGGACUGAAGGCAAUUCCCCUGCUUAUGCUAAUUAUGCAGAUAGCUUGGACAGUGGCAAAAUAAAACCUCUUCUGCAUCCCUGUUCUCUCGCCCAAUUAUUCUCACCUCUCGCCAGCUCUCAUUUCAUCUUGCCUGCCUUCCAACCUCUCAGCUAUUAAAUCCUGCUCCUCUUCAAUAUUCACCGGUCUGUUUCCACAUAGUCUCUGAUAAUUGCUUUUACUGAAGCAAUUCUGUAAAGAAGCUGUAACUAUUGUUCCUUUGUCCCGAUGUCUAAUUGUAUUAGGAUAGUGUAAACUGCCCUAAUUGUAAAUGAAUCCCACCAAGUCAGGUGCUUUGAGUUCUGCUCACCUGUCAGCACCAUUGUUAUUGGUAGGAGAGUGACCUUGGCUUGGUCCACCAAAAAUAAGUCUGAGGCUCAAAUGACACCCUAUUCACUUUAUAGUGCACUACGUUUGACCAGAGCCUAUGGGCCCAUAAUAACAUUCUUACGUAUGGAUGGAUGUCCGUCCAGAAAGUUGAUUGCUUCUGGAAAGAAAGCAUAAAUGAAAGUUGGUUUAUUCAUCGGGUUACUCAGUGCUUGCCACCUUCAUUCAAACUCAUCUACAGUGGCAUUUACUAAAAUAACCAUAGAACCAUUCUCAGUGUGCAUUGGUCUGCUAAGGGACAGUAUGUGUGGGCUGAGAGAGAAAAAAAAACUAAUGGGUUUGAGGGCUCACCCACACCACAGAGUUCCCUGAAAAGACACAUAGCAGGGGUAGGGACUAGAGACCACAGGAUCAACAGCACACUAAAUAUAUACACACACACACACACACACACAGCUCUAUUAACAUUGGUCAGCCCCUGAACUUUAAGCACACUGCUAUUCAUCCAUCCAGCCAUGCACAUUGGCCAGGCAGUUGGAACUGUGGAUGUAAUUGGUACCACACAGACUCUCAGUGUGAAAGGAUAUGAGAAACAACACUAACCCUGGCCUCAGGUCCUGGGUAGAAAGUCCUGUUCUCCUGCCAUGAGACCCAAACAGAUUCCUAACACAAAUGAACUUUUCUCUCCGUUAUUGUGGAGGGCUCUUAUACAGCAUAGAAACCAUCCUUCUAUAGACAGCCAGUUACCCACAAAGACAGAUUAAGGAUAGCGUUGCAGAAAGUCAUGCAUUGCAUAUCAAUGUGGUUUUAAAUCCCUCUAUUGGAUACAAAGAAAUGGGACUGUUUUUUUGCCUUGCUCCAUGAGCAUGCCAAAGAAAAUAGUUGUAUCUUUUUCACAAUGGUGCAGCUUGAAUUAAUCACACUAUAAUGACUCUGAAGAAUGUCUUGCCAGAUGCUGCCAAACACAGGUGGUUUUAACUGUAAGCUGAUUGAGAAUUUCAGUCUGAGUCUGCUUUUAAAUUAAAGAGUUAUUGUGUUAAAUGAGUUAUGUUGUUAUAUAAAAGGAUCAAAUGUCCAAUGAAUAUCAAAUAAAUAUAUAAAAUGUCAAAUGAAUAUUAAAUUAAUGCUUUAAAUGUGUGUAUUGUGUAAUGCAGUGGUCACCAACCAGUCGUUCGCGAUAGACUGGCAUUUCUAGUCACCAAACAUUUCUGUAAAAACCCCAAUGAUAAAGCCUUGCAUUCCUAUUUUUUCUAUUUGUUUCACGCUGUUGGCGGUAGGUGCACUUGAUUCAGCAGCCCUAGUGCCGGGAAGGCAAAGUGUUCCCAUUUUCAACCAUUUCAUGUGUCUUAAGGUAGUACUCUGCCUACCCGGCAGGGCCAGAGAGCAAAUCAAGUGCACAUAUAGGCUUACCGCUGGCCAAUCGGAUAACUUAGAUCACCGUGUCUCCACAGUUUUCUAGAGCCACAGACUGUAAAAAGAAACCUCGAACGCACAGCAAAGUUGAUACUGUAACAUUUCAAAACUUAUGGGCUGGGUGGUAGCCUAGUGGUUAAGAGGUUGGGCCAGUAACCGAAAGGUUGCUGGUUCGAAUCCCCGAGCUGACUAGGGGAAAUCUGUCGUUGUGCCAUUGAGCAAGGCACUUAACCCUAAUUGCUCCUGUAAGUUGCUCUGGAUAAGAGUGUCUGCUAAAUGACUAAACUGUAAAAAAAAAAAAAAAAAACAUCACCAGAGAGAGACUCAGCAACGAAUACAGCAAAGCGCUGCUGUUUUUAUUAGUAAGUUCAUGUUUAAGUUAUUAUUCAGUACUGACAACACGUUGUACAUUUUAUGGCUUAUAAAAGUGUUGAACAUUCUCCCUGCUUCCACUCACGCUACAACCAGCACUGCAGCUGCAAUGAAUGAGUAUAGCAAUGUUCCGAUAAGCUUGCUUUGUUGUUAUUAGCGGCUUGUGUCUUUUUAAUUAGAGGGAGAAUAUUUCACUUUCUCUGGUCAUAGGAGUAACAACAGGAAUUGGUGCAUGAGGGCAGAAAUAAUGCAGUGCAACUUGAGUUUCGCCAUCACAUGGAAGACUGUCUCCUCUUUUCUCAGUGGAGGGAAGGAGAGCAGAGGGACAGUGUUGGUGAGUCAUGUGAGAGGAAGCCUCUGCUCCCUCCUUUCCUGAUGCAGGCCAUCAGUCCAGUAAAAAAGAAAACAGCAAAUAAUUAUGCUCACUCAGCUGUGCCUAACAAGUAAUGCAACAAAUGAUCUAUUUCCAGUGUGAUCAUAUACCUCCAUUUUUUAAACUGCAGAAUUUUAAUUGCACACCAUGACAAAAUGUGUAGAAUUGCAGGAAAUAAACUUUAAACCCAUAGAAAUAGACGUGGCGCGUGCGCGGGGAGGGGGGCGCGGAAUGUUCCCUGAUGCUGGAAGGGGAGCCCCCGAGUGAAAAAGUUUGGGAACCCCUGGCCUACUGCACAAACCUCAUUGCUACAGAACUGUGUUUAAUUGGUUAAUGUUGCAUAGGCUUAUGUUUUUUAGGUAAUGUUUAAAAAUAAAUCUGAACAUUAGAUCUCGGCUUGCAUCUUGAUUGGUGACCACUGGUGUAAUGUAUAUUAAUGCCUUCCUUCUCCACUCAUGCUCCUCCAUGUUGUCCUACAGGUAACUACCAGCUCUCCCCUACGGUCAACAUGCCCCAGGAUGAUACUGUCAUCAUCCAAGACGAUAGGCCGCCUGUACUUCCUGCCCAGCUCUCCGACCAAUCGUCUUCCAGUUCCCAUGAUGAUGUGGGGUUCCAUGUGGAGGUCCCUCCCUCUUGGGCCAAAGAUAUUCAAAUUCAGAAUGAGAGGUGAGAGGAGAGGACGAUCCCAAAUUGUCACCAUAAUCCCUACAUAGUGCACUACUUGACCAGAGAAUAUUACAGUAAAUGCCCUUUUAUCAUGAUUAAUCUCAGAAAGUUUCACUAGUUCCUCCUGUCAUAAAUCUCCAGUGUGUCUGAUGGAGACUGUGUGUGAAUCUCAAAUGGAUCCCUAUUCCCUACAUAGUGCACUACUGGGCCCUGGUCAAAAGUAGUGCACUUCAUAGGGAAUAGGGUGCCUCUUAGGAGGCAGCCCGACACUGGCUCAUUACCUCUGGUUACGUAUGUCUUUCCUAGUCCGCCUCACACACUGCUCCUUCUAUUAGCUCCCUGUCAAACUGUUUAUCAACUGUUAGUGUAUCAGACUUGACAUUCCUUUUGAUAAUCAGGACCAUGUUUUGCUAUGUUUUAGCAAUGGAAUGUUAUUUCAGUUGCUGCAAAUUAGACCUCAUACUGUUUAUUUAAAAGAUUCCACCGUUUUCUUUCUCUACGCUGAACCAGCUAGUCGUAGAGUAGGUCUAUUUCACUCCACUGUAUGUUGCGUUCUACAAAUAAUGAAACAUAAACAAGGUAUGGCUAAUUGUACAUUUAAGCAUACACAAGGACAAGGUCAAUGUGUCCCCUAUGUUUUUUGAAAGGACACACAGGCACACCCACCUGCUGCCUACUUAACUGGGCGUGGAGGGCCGUUGUAACCCUGGAUACGUCCCAAAUUGCCCCCUAUUCAUUCUAUAGUGCCCUACUACCCUAUGGGCCCUGGUCAAAAGUUGUGCACUAUAAAUAGGGAAUAGGUUGCCAUUUGUUUUGUUUUUCCCAUGAUGAUGAGGCCCAGCCAGAGUUCUCGUCAGUGGUGCUGGGUUGGGCUGAGUGUGUGUGUGGUGAUUGUAGCUGGUCCAGCCCUGAUCAGUCUCAGCCUUAAUCAGUGGCUUCUCAAGUAUGGUCUAGAUUCUAGGAACUGCAGUGGCUUGAUGAUUUGAAGGAACACUGAACCUCACUGAUGAUGACGGUUUGAUUUACACUAGAACCACUGGAAUAAUCUCUUCCCUCUUUCUCCUGUCUUCCCCCCUCCCCUCUCUCACCCACCCUCUCUCUCUCGCUCUCUCACACUCCCUCUCUCUUUGUCUGUCUUUGUGUCUCUCUCCAUCAUUCCCUAUCCUCCUGUAGCACACUGAGCCCUGAUGACACCGACCCAGACGGAGCCUUUCAGAGGGAGGGUUUCGGCAGACAGAGCAUGUCAGAGAAACGGACAAAGCAGUUUGGAGAUGCCAGUCAGCUGGAGAUCAUGAAGACACGCAAGUCCAAGAGCAUGGAUCUUGGUACUGAAGGAAACCAUCUUGUCCCUUUCCUCCUUCUCACUGACUCCCUAUAGGUCAGCUCUGCCUGGAACCAAUGGCAACACGUUAUUGGCUGGUUUACCAAAACCGGCCCUAUGAGUUGUUAGGAAUCCCCACAUUAGGCACAAACAUACAUACCCCACUCCUUGUAAAUUGCAUCUGUAAGACUUGCAUUGCACAGCCUAAUAUUUGUGGCUUCUACUGUACAGUAUGUAAUCGAAAUGUGAUGCAUUUCUCUGUCUUUUAUAUGACAUAAAACAGGUUUAAGUACUGUAUCUCCUUCUGCCACACCUCAGAACAACGUUUCAGCUCAUUUGAGAUGGCAUGAAACCAUCCUGAUUGCUUUGGCUGACAGUAAUCUUCCCUCUCACCCACACUAUGGUUGCGUCCCAAAUGAGGCUCCCCCAUAGGGCUCUGGACAAAAUAAUGCACUAUAAAGGGAAUAGAGUGCCAUAUGGGGCACGGCCUAUGAUAUCUAAUCUGCCUCUUAUCCCUACUGAAUUUCAGUAGUCCUGCACGUGUUUAUAUCACAAUAGCUCUGAUUGCUAUCCUAAACCUCACCAUUUCCCUGUCUGUCUGUCUCGCAUGGUUUCUGAUUGCCCUUGAAAUUGCCUAAAUAUGUGAUGAUGUACGUACUGUACAAUAACGUUGCUGGAAUGUUUGCAUGUGGAAUGUGCUCACUAACCAAUCCUAAAUGUUUAUUGCCCCCCUUUAACAGUAGCCGACGAGAUUAACCUCACCCCUCGCAAAGAGAACACACCAGGUAAGGAGUGACACAUCACUGAGGGAGAACGGACACCUAAUCCAUUCCACAGUCCCUCCCUCAUUCCAUUCUGAGAUUCCAGACCUGCUUUAGAAUGUAGAGUCCACCACUCACAAUGAGAAUAGAAUGCAUAGAACAUUGAGACAGUUUGAGGUCAUUGCAGUGGAAUUGUGGGCUGGUGAAUAUGGACUUGGCAGUGAUUCUUCUUAAGACACGGUAGCACUGCUAAUUGUUCUGUUGAAGGGAAUGUGAGGAGAGAGGGCGGGAGAGAUGGAGAGAAAGAGAAAUCGCUCUGUCCUUGGCUGGGGCUGCAAACUGACAGCAAGUCAUCCGUCAUUGUCAGCCGUGUGUGUUUUCACAGCCACCUCUGAAUAGAAGCUCCUUUGAAGGAUGGGAUUUAGCCGAAAGGCACAGUGAAAGCAGGAGAAAGAAACGGAAACACCAGAAAAUAGAGGCAGACUACUGCGCAUGAAUGAGACUAAAUAUGUCAUUAAUGUCCCUUGUUAGGAUAUUGUUGUAGUCUGAGCAGUCACUAACAUGAGAGAUGCCUGGUUUGUGUCCCAAAUGGCACCUUAUUCACUUAGUGCACUACUUUUGUAGUGCUUUAUAUAGGGGAUAGGGUGCUGUUUGGGACACAGACCUGUUGUUGUUUCUAACCUCCAGUUCAAGACUUGGCAUAGAAGAGGCCACAUACAGUGUGGAGAACAAGUAUUUGAUACACUGCCGAUUUUGCAGGUUUUCCUACUUACAAAGCAUGUAGAGGUCUGUCAUUUUUAUCAUAGGUACACUUCAACUGUGAGAGACGGAAUCUAAAACAAAAAUACAGAAAAUCACAUUGUAUGAUUUUUAAGUAAUUAAUUUGCAUUUUAUUGCAUGACAUAAGUAUUUGAUCACCUACCAACCAGUAAGAAUUCCGGCUCUCACAGACCUGUUAGUUUUUCUUUAAGAAGCCCUCCUGUUCUCCACUCAUUACCUGUAUUAACUGCACCUGUUUGAACUCGUUACCUGUAUAAAAGACACCUGUCCACACACUCAAUCAAACAGACUCCAACCUCUCCACAAUGGCAAAGACCAGAGAGCUGUGUAAGGACAUCGGGGAUAAAAUUGUAGACCUGCACAAGGCUGGGAUGGGCUACAGGACAAUAGGCAAGCAGCUUGGUGAGAAGGCAACAACUGUUGGUGCAAUUAUUAGAAAAUGGAUGAAGUUCAAGACGGUCAAUCACCCUCAGUCUGGGGCUCCAUGCAAGAUCUCACCUCAUGGGGCAUCAAUGAUCAUGAGGAAGGUGAGGGAUCAGCCCAGAACUACACGGCAGGACCUGGUCAAUGACCUGAAGAGAGCUGGGACCACAGUCUCAAAGAAAACCAUUAGUAACACACUACGCCGUCAUUGAUUAAAAUCCUGCAGCGCACGCAAGGUCCCCCUGCUCAAGACAGCGCAUGUCCAGGCCCGUCUGAAGUUUGCCAAUGACCAUCUGGAUGAUCCAGAGGAGGAAUGGGAGAAGGUCAUGUGGUCCGAUGAGACAAAAAUAGAGCUUUUUGGUCUAAACUCCACUCGCCGUGUUUGGAGGAAGAAGAAGGAUGAGUACAACCCCAAGAACACCAUCCCAACCGUGAAGCAUGGAGGUGGAAACAUCAUUCUUUGGGGAUACUUUUCUGCAAAGGGGACAGGACGACUGCACCGUAUUGAGGGGAGGAUGGAUGGGGCCAUGUAUCGCGAGAUCUUGGCCAACAACCUCCUUCCCUCAGUAAGAGCAUUGAAGAUGGGUCGUGGCUGGGUCUUCCAGCAUGACAACGACCCGACACACACAGCCAGGGCAACUAAGGAGUGGCUCCAUAAGAAGCAUCUCAAGGUCCUGGAGUGGCCUAGCCAGUCUCCAGACCUGAACCCAAUAGAAAAUCUUUGGAGGGAGCUGAAAGUCCGUAUUGCCCAGCGACAGCCCCGAAACCUGAAGGAUCUGGAGAAGGUCUGUAUGGAGGAGUGGGCCAAAAUCCCUGCUGCAGUGUGUGCAAACCUGGUCAAGACCUACAGGAAAUGUAUGAUCUCUGUAAUUGUAAACAAAGGUUUCUGUACCAAAUAUUAAGUUCUGCUUUUCUGAUGUAUCAAAUACUUAUGUCAUGCAAUAAAAUGCAAAUGAAUUACUUAAAAAUCAUACAAUGUGAUUUUCUGGAUUUUUGUUUUAGAUUCCGUCUCUCACAGUUGAAGUGUACCUAUGAUAAAAAUUACAGACCUCUACAUGCUUUGUACGUAGGAAAACCUGCAAAAUCGGCAGUGUAUCAAAUAUUGUUCUCCCCACUGUAUGUACUUUAUUUGCCUGUCUGUAAAAUGACAUCCUCGAAAUAUCUCAACUAGAUUUAUGUUCAUAUGAAAAAUACACACUCACCACCCACCUACAAUUUAAUUUAUGUUUUAUGUUAAAAGGUUUUCCCAGCUUUGGAGAAAAAAAACCCUCCAUAUUUAAUUUUGCCCUAUUAACUCUGUUGUUGUAGCUAGGCUAAUAGAUUUCAGGCUAUUUUCUUUAGUGUUUCAGAGUUUAUUUUCUCUCCCCCUGUGCUACACUGUCCCUCUCUAAUAUAUACAUCCACUCCCAGCUAAGUAGCAAUGGGGCAUGGUUCAUUUAGCAGGCCCAAAACAAAUCCCCAAUCCUGGGGAAACGGUGACAGCCUGGGAGAGGGGAGUGAUGGGACACAAUAGUUUGGAUAGCCUGGCCCAGUGGGCCUUCUUCUGCACUGAUUGGCUAUAGGACCUUGUUGAUACAGACUGUAGCCACAUGUUUGUUAAGGACUCCACUAGGUUAGUAGAGGGCAACGCAGGACUAUUUGCCCAUCGGUAUAGGGCUCCCUAAUGGUCAGUAGCAACAGGAGUUCCUUCAGUAGUUUCCAUUCUGUUAUGUGCCUUCAGAAAGUAUUCACACCCUUUGACUUUUUCUACAUUUUGUUGUGUUACAGCCUGAAUUUAAAAUGGAUUCAAUUGCGAUAAAAAUUUUUUCACACAAUACCCCAUAAUGUCAAAGUGGAAUUAUGUUUUUCAAUUUCUUUACAAAUUAAUUUCAAAUGAAAAAAUGAAAUGUCUUGAGUCAAGUAUUCAACCCCUUUGUUAUGGGAAGCCUAAAGUUCAGGAGUAAAUAUUUGCUUAACAAGUCACAUAAGUUGGAUAGACUCAUUACUGAGUUCCACUCUCCAUAUUAUCAAGCAUAGUGGUGUCAACAUGUUAUGGGUAUGCUUGUCAUCGUUAAGGACUGGGGAGUUUUUCAGGAUAAAAAAGAAAGGGAAUGGAACUGACCGUAGGCAAAAUCCUAGAGGAAAACCUCGUUGUUUGUUUUCCACCAGACACUGGGAGAUUAAUUCACCUUUCAGCAGGACAAUAACCUAAAACACAAUGCCAAAUCUACUCUGGAGUUGCUUACCAAUAAGACAGUGAAUGUUCCUAAGUGGACGGGUUAGAGUUUUGACUUAAAUCUACUUGAAAAUCCAUGGCCAGACCUGAAAAUGGUUGUCUAGCAAUGAUCAACAACCAAUUUGACAGAGCUUGAAUAAUUUUUAUAAGAAUAAUCGGCAAAUGUUGCACAAUCCAGGUGUGGAAAGCUCUUAGAGACUUGGGGUAUUUUGUGUAGAUGAGUGAGAGAAAAAAAUAUAUUUAACCCAUUUUGAAUUCAGGCUGUAACACAACAAGUCAAGGGGUAUGAAUACUUUCUGAAGGCACUCUAUCUGUGCAGCUCUAGCUGGUCCUAUAGCCACAAAGGGUCAGCGCCCCAAAUGGCACCCUAUUCCCUAUAUAAGGUAUAGGUGCUAUUUAGGACGCUUCCAGGGUAUUCCCUGUUCGACCUGCCAGUCGACUGCAGGGUGAUUAAUACCUGUAUUUAUUGUAGUAAGGCACCAUCGCUGAUCUCUGUACAACACACGUUUUCUUCUGUUUUGAAUAGGGUGGCAGUCUGUACAAACAUGCAUAGAUAGUACAGAUAUGUUGGAGCUGGGUUGCCAGGUCUGACUAUCUGAAGCGUACGAACAUGUUAGCUACAGAAAUGUAGGAGCUAAGUUGCCAGGUCUGACUAUCUAAAGCAUACAAACAUGCCAGUGCAGAUAUGUAGAAGUCUCGGUUGCCAGGUAUGACUAUCUGAAACCUUCAAACAUGCCUGGUGCAGAAACUGAGAAGCUGGAGGUUGCCAUCUGAAACCAGAGCCAUAUAUUUACAUAAGGCUCAGUUGCCAGGACUGAAUAUCUGAAACAAACAUGCCAGUGCAGAUAUGUAGGAGGCUGGAGGUUGCCAGGUCUAACUUAACUGAAACAACCAAAACUCUUUCUCAAACAAACCACUGCCUGCUGUUCUUGACUCACGCCGUCUGUCAGAGGUCUGAGUUAGUGGAAUUUUGAACACUACCACUGAGGUGUGACUGGAAAGCGUGCGGCCUCUGGCUGAACGCUAAAACCCAAAUUAAUGGGUUUUGAUAAAUGAAAGCCUAUCAGCCGCUGCUUCAGUGAAAUGUUAAGCAGACAGGAAAGACUGAUGGAAAUGAAUAGGCACCAGCCCUGCUUGUUCAGGUUGCAUGCAAUUUUUCGCCCUCCUCCUCCGCUCCGCUCCACUUCUCCUCACUCCCACUCCCUCCCAGCCAAGCAGCCACCAUAUCCAUGGCCACCCACAUUAAAGUGUGGGGCUGCUUCCCAAAUAGGGCUAUAUAGGGCCAAAAGUAGUGCACUAAAUAGGGAAUAGGGUGCCAUUUGGGACGAACCCUGGGCCUCUUGUUUACCCAGUACCUCUGCUACAGUAUAGCCUGGGGAUUAGAGAGAAAGUGAGCCUGCUGGGCUGUUCCUCUGAGGUAAUCCAUCGCUCUCUUUGGAUGCAUCCCAAAUGGCACCCUAAUCCCUAUAUAGUGCACUACUUUUAUAUGGGUCCCCGGUCACUACAUAGGGAAUAGGGUGCCAUUUCAGAUGCAUCCUCUCUCUUCACCUCAAUACCGCUCUACAUUUAUUUCUCUACAAUACCCUUUCAACCUGUGAGUGAUGGAAAAGAGAUAUACUGUACACCUACUCUCUAAAACAAAACAAUACUUAUUUAGGCUUAUCUAGUGUCAGAAUUGAGUUUAUCCCCUUUUUCCCAAUGCAACUUAUCCUGUUUUGGUAAAUUGUCACACAGUGUGAGAAAUGAGCUCUAUCCGAGUUUUCAUUUUAACUCACAGGCAGUACAGUAAAAUAACAACAUGCUUUAGUUAAACACAGCCCUGCAUUUGCAAAUACAAAAACUCCUUUAGUUCACUCACAGCUUUGUUAUCAAUCAACUAACUUUUGAUACUGUUUCUACUCCGUAGGGUCUUCCACCAGGGACGUGGGUCCCUCCCUAGGCCUCAAGAAGUCCAGCUCUCUGGAGAGUUUACAGACCGCCGUGGCCGAGGUGACGCUCAACGGUGACAUGCCCUUCCACAGGCCACGCCCACGCAUAAUCAGGGGGCGGGGCUGUAACGAGAGCUUCCGGGCCGCUAUUGACAAGUCUUAUGACAGGCCAGCUGCCACUGAGGAGGACGAUGAGGGCAUGGAGACAUGUAAGAUACAGUACUUCUAUUGGACAGAUCAAACUACUUCAGAUCCAUAAACCAAAUGUUAAUGCAUGUCUUCCAUUGACAUCUCUGCAUGAAGAAUUUACCCAACAUUUAAAGUUAUGCCUGCAUUUAUAGGUCAGGAUUUAAGGAUUUAAUAAUUACCCCACGUAUAAAUCUCUUUCCAUGUCUCCAUCUCUCUAGUGGAAGAGGACACAGAGGAGAGCUCUCGGUCCGGGCGCGACUCUGUGUCCACCGUGGCAGAUCUGACCCCACUGUCCAACACAGAGAGACCGCUGGUCAACGGCAACCGCACCAAUGAAGACAAGAAGAAGGACAAGGGAGGGAAAGACAAAAAGAAACAAGACAGGGACAAAGAGAAGGACAGCAAGAACAAGGCUAAGAAAGGCAUGCUGAAAGGACUGGGAGACAUGUUCAGGUAGGACACACAAAACCUUUCCAUCCUCCUUAACCAAUGUUUCACCCACCAUUCUAAGUGGGUCCUGGGGUCAUGCCUUUAAUCAAAUUGUCUGAGAUGGUCUCCGAGCUGUCUGGGAUUCCAAUGAUAUACAUUCAUACAUCAUAUUUACUUAAAUGGUUCUGACACAGGCUGUGUCCCAAAUCGUAUUCCCUGUAUAGUGCACUGCUUUUGUAAAGGUAGUGCACUAAAUAAGGAAUAGUGUGCUAAAGUGGUUCUAGCAAGGAGAAUGCUGACUGAUUUCUAACAGUGUAGAAUAAUGAGAUCCAGUGGGAAGGAGAAGGAUCUCCUGGCAGACAUGCAGAUCAGAUGUUUGACCUAAAGGGGUGUGGGUGUGGGUGUGUGUGUCUUGGGCCUCAAGGUUGCUGGAAGCUCUAGUUGUUUGGUUGCUGUAGUCCCAGGGAACUGCAGGAUCAAAUCAUUAUGCAGGUGUGCUCCUCAAUUGACAUGAGCACUAUCAGUGGUUGUAUGCAAACGCACACACACAGUACGCACUUCAGAAGAGCCGACUUCUUUGCAUUUUUUGGUUUCAUUCGAUAAUGACUUAAACAUUCUCUUUCAUUGACUGAAAGCAUUGUGAAACCGCUGAUCAAUAUUGCCCUCAAGUCCCUCCACGUGCACAUCACUGACAACACUGAGUGUACAAAACAUUCUCUUUCCAUGACAAGCUAUGAUCCCUUAUUGAUUUCACCUGUUAAAUCCACUUCAAUCAGUUUAGAUUAAGUGGAGGAGACAGGUUAAAGAAGGAUUUUUAAGCCUUGCGACAAUUGAGGCAUGGAUUGUGUAUUUGUGUCAUUCAGAGGUUGAAUGGGCAAGACAAAAUAUUUAAGUGCCUUUGAACGGGGUAUGGUAGUAGCUGCCAGGUUGCAACGCUGCUGGGUUUUUCACGCUCAACAGUUUCCCGUGUGUAUCAAGAAUGGUCCACCACCCAAAGGACAUCCAGCCAAUUUGACACAGCUGUGGGAAGCAUUGGUGUCAACAUGGACCAGCAUCCCUGUGGAAUGCUUGUAGAGGGCAUUCCCCGACGAAUUGAGGCUGUUCUGAGGGCAAAAAGGGAGAUGCAACUCAAUGUUAGGAAGAUCAAUCAAGCACAGCUAAAUUAUUUGAAAUGAUUUUUAAUAGUAUUUGAACCCAGGUCUGGUUGGAGUGGGUCGCUGCUCUCAACCCGAGACGCUAGUCAGAUCUGACCCUCUCAUCUCUCUGGGCUCGCACUGCACACACACACACACACACACACACACACACACUGCAGCCCAAUCAAAGCCUCAUUACCAUCUGAACAAAAUCUAGACCACAGUAGCUUCCCUCACCUACUCUACUCUGAUCACCACUUGGACUCAAAGCAACACCCAAUCUGCUCACUUGACAGCAUCCUCAAAAUGGUCACUGGCCAGAAACUCACAGCAUCAGUAUGGUUGGUGUUUCAGUGCUACAGUAUGGUAAAGUGAAGAAUCCCCAAGCCGGCAAGCAGGAAAGAAUCUGCCGUUCCGCCGUUAUCCCCCACAUCAGCUGCUCCUCGGGCGCCGAUGAAGUGGACGUCGAUUAAGGCAGCCCCCCCCCCCCCCCCCCCCCCCCCCCUCAGAUUCAGAGGGGUUGGGUUAAAUGCGGGAAACACAUUUCAGUUGAAUGCAUUCAGUUGUACAACUGACUAGGUAUCCCCCUUUCCCUUUCCUUUAGUACUGUAACUUAUGAAAGGUUUCAAGAAGCUGUGCUUAAUCGGUAAUAAAUGCUAGAGUCAGUGAGACAUUUUGACAGUGCUGCCGCAGUCAAGCCAGACUUGAUCACUUUAGAUACUUGUUGAGAUGAGUUUGAAAUGCCCCAGUUACAUGUAUGGUCCUGUGCAUCUCAUAUCCCUAGCAUUUGAUUUUAAAACAUCAUGGCUUAUCGUCAUCUUCUCAUGGACGUUCUGAGAGAUUCGGAAAUAAACACUACCGCAAAUAUUUGUCUUUCUCUUAUGACACUUUCUCUUAACACUUUUUUUUGCGUUGUCAACAGAGCCCUUGAUCUUGAAGUUUCCCAGUCGCCUGCUUCUUUAACUAAAAUCUUGUAAAUCCCUGUCUUAUCAGUGGUGUAGAACUCGGAAGAGGAGGGUUCUGUGUUUAACUGUACACAGAAUAUUAAGAAUAUUAAAUGCCCUUCUGUCAUGAUGAAUGUUCCCAUCUUUGAAAGUUUCACUAGUUCUUCAUGUCAUAAAUCUCAAAUGGCACCCUAUUCCCUUUAUAGUGCAAUACUUUUGAGCUGUGGCCAUAGGGGCUCUGGUCAAAGUAGUGCACUAUAUACUAUAGGUAAUAGGAUGCCAUUUGGGAUGUGGCUGGUGUUUUAAGGAGAUUUAAUGGAAGCCACUGCAGUGGAAAGAGAAACUGUCACCCGCUGUCUCUGUGAAAGAUAGGGCUGCACUUCAUAUUAACACCAACAUGUCACUUUCAAUGGCUUUAUGCUACAUUUGAGACCGUUUGUUGAUCAGUUUAUCAGGUAAUGGACCUCCCUCUUCUGUCUUUCCCGCUCACCCCUCUCUCUCUCUCUCUCUCUGUCUCCUUUCGUUAACGCUCUUUGUCUCACACUCUCUCUUUUUGUUUUUCUAUCUCUAUCUCGCUAUCUCUCUGUGUGUGCUGAGAUGCUGUUGGUUUUCUUUGCAGCUGAUUAAACUCAACUCUGCAGGCCAAUUUUCCUCUGAAUAAGCCUAGGUCCAUCAUAUAAAUAAGGGCUGCAAAGUAAUUUAAUCAACAGGGUGCCUUUUAUGUGGAUUCAAUCAAGCUGAAAUAUAAUUUCAAGUAGUUCCCAUUUGGUUUACUACUAUUUCCCUUCCCAUGAAUAUAAUUACUUUGAUGGGCUAUGGUAAUAUGUUCUUGUCUCCUAUCAAUUUCAGACCUGAUCACGGGCAAACUCGGUCAAGUACAAUUUAAAAGCUAAACAUUUGAUGGCAUGUUUGUCAGAAGAGAGUUGGAGAGAAUGGUAGAGUUGAUCGCCAUUAGUAAUUUACUAGUGAUUGUCUCAGGGGGACCUGUUGCAUCCCAAAUGUACAUGUUUUUAUUAAAUUGUUUUGUCAAAUGGCACCCUUUUCCCUAUAUAGUGUGCUACUUUUAACCAGGUCCCAUGGCAUAGGGCUCUGGUCAAAAGUAGUGCACUGGUGAAUAGGGUGCCAUUUAGGCACCCUUAAAUUGACAAAAAUCGAAACCAUUUUGGGAUAAAGUCAUUGUCUGCUGCCCCAAUGUUUCAGGUUUGGAAAACACCGCAAGGACGGAGAGAAACUAGAGCGUAAAGGGAGGCUGGAGGAGCUGCAGGCCUCAGAAGAAGAGACACUGAGGAUGAGACUGGAGCAGGAGAGGUCUGUCUACAGACACACACUCACACAGUUGUUUUGUGUCAAGGUUGCUGUGGGACUGCGAUUCGACCCCACACAUACAAGUGCAUAUGUGCUGAAAGGCAGUGGGGCUACCCACUAAACCAACCCUAUGCCACGAGCUAGACACUGCCUAAUGAAGGAAAUGGCAGGAGGAUGAUGUGCCAGUUAUUUGGGCACCGGGCUGUAAAUUCCAAAGCUAUUACUACACAUACACAUACACACUACAACACUCUGUUUAAUUGAUUCCUCUGCUGGUGUUUUAGGGGCAUGAUAACUCAGUAAUGGCAUUCAAGUCUUAUUUUCCACAAUAUUAGAAUUCGUAUCUCAUCAUUCCUAGACAGUUCAGACAGUGGUUUUCAGGGCAAUUAUUCACAUUAUGAUAAUUACAUACAGUGGGGAAAAAAAGUAUUUAGUCAGCCACCAAUUCUGCAAGUUCUCCCACUUAAAAAGAUGAGAGAGGCCUGUAAUUUUCAUCAUAGGUACACGUCAACUAUGACAGACAAAAUGAGGAAAAAAAAUCCAGAAAAUCACAUUGUAGGAUUUUUUAUGAAUUUAUUUGCAAAUUAUGGUGGAAAAUAAGUAUUUGGUCAAUAACAAAAGUUACUCAAUACUUUGUUAUAUACCCUUUGUUGGCAAUGACACAGGUCAAACGUUUUCUGUAAGUCUUCACAAGGUUUUCACACACUUGCUGGUAUUUUGGCCAAUUCCUCCAUGCAGAUCUCCUCUAGAGCAGUGAUGUUUUGGGGCUGUCGCUGGGCAACACGGACUUUCAACUCCCUCCAAAGAUUUUCUAUGGGGUUGAGAUCUGGAGACUGGCUAGGCCACUCCAGGACCUUGAAAUGCUUCUUACGAAGCCACUCCUUCGUUGCCCGGGCGGUGUGUUUGGGAUCAUUGUCAUGCUGAAAGACCAAGCCACGUUUCAUCUUCAAUGCCCUUGCUGAUGGAAGGAGGUUUUCACUCAAUCUCACGAUACAUGGCCCCAUUCAUUCUUUCCUUUACACGGAUCAGUCGUCCUGGUCCCUUUGCAGAAAAACAGCCCCAAAGCAUGAUGUUUCCACCCCCAUGCUUCACAGUAGGUAUGGUGUUCUUUGGAUGCAACUCAGCAUUCUUUGUCCUCCAAACACGACGAGUUGAGUUUUUACCAAAAGGUUUUUAUUUUGGUUUCAUCUGACCAUAUGACAUUCUCCCAAUCCUCUUCUGUAUCAUUCAAAUGCACUCUAGCAAACUUCAGAUGGGCCUGGACAUGUACUGGCUUAAGCAGAGGGACACGUCUGGCACUGCAGGAUUUGAGUCCCUGGCGGCGUAGUGUGUUACUGAUGGUAGGCUUUGUUACUUUGGUCCCAGCUCUCUGCAGGUCAUUGACUAGGUCCCCCCGUGUGGUUCUGGGAUUUUUGCUCACCGUUCUUGUGAUCAUUUUGACCCCACGGGGUGAGAUCUUGCGUGGAGCCCCAGAUCAAGGGAGAUUAUCAGUGGUCUUGUAUGUCUUCCAUUUCCUAAUAAUUGCUCCCACAGUUGAUUUCUUCAAACCAAGCUGCUUACCUAUUGCAGAUUCAGUCUUCCCAGCCUGGUGCAGGUCUACAAUUUUGUUUCUGGUGUCCUUUGACAGCUCUUUGGUCUUGGCCAUAGUGGAGUUUGGAGUGUGACUGUUUGAGGUUGUGGACAGGUGUCUUUUACACUGAUAACAAGUUCAAACAGGUGCCAUUAAUACAGGUAACGAGUGGAGGACAGAGGAGCCUCUUAAAGAAGAAGUUACAGGUCUGUGAGAGCCAGAAAUCUUGCUUGUUUGUAGGUGACCAAAUACUUAUUUUCCACCAUAAUUUGCAAAUAAAUUCAUUAAAAAUCCUACAAUGUGAUUUUCUGGAUUUUUUUUCUCAAUUUGUCUGUCAUAGUUGACGUGUACCUAUGAUGAAAAUUACAGGCCUCUCUCAUCUUUUUAAGUGGGAGAACUUGCACAAUUGGUGGCUGACUAAAUACUUUUUUUCCCCACUGUAUGCUAUAAUUUUGAGUAAUAACUGGUUUGAUGAAAUUCAACAGAAAAUUGUGAUCUCACCUAUUUUUGAAAUAUUAUUGUGUGACUGUGCUGUUUCCUCUCCAAGACUGUUGCAUUUGGGACAACCAAGGAUUCCUCAAAAGCAAAACUGUUUUUCUAGCAGUGCUUCACUAUAGUCUCUGGACUGUAAAUUAUGCUAAUAGGAUAUUGUACAAGACACUGCUGUCACUGAAAUGUACCAUUGAUGCAAAACAAAACUGAAGCUAGGGCUUCCUUGUCAGUCACACAGGUCGUGUUCCCCUGCUCAGACGUUGCUGACACAUGCCAGAUCUUACAGUACAGUGCUUGGAUAGGUAUUUUAGGUAUCUGCUAACCACAUCAAAUGUUAUAGCAAUUUGCUGCCCAACGGCACGGCCUCUCACGUGGAACGCAACCAUUGCGUGCAAAGUCUGAGCAGGGGAACACGACCAAGGUCUUCUGUUUCCACCCAGAGCUAUAGAAAUGUCAGAAGUCAGCGUAUUAGGACACCUCACUGAAAGAGCCUGCUCUGCUCUGCUUGCCCUGGCAAUGACCCCCAUCCUUUUCUGUGAUCCCAUAGGUCAACUAAUAGCUACAUCCACACAUAGACUAGAGACAGGGCGUGCGUUCCAAAUGGCACCCCAUUCCCUAUAUAGUGGGCCCUGGUCAAAAGUAGUGCACUAUAUUGGGAAUAUAGUGCCAUUUGGGACGCGCAGGCAAAUAAUAGAGAGAGGGUGUGUGUGGUUGGUGCUUGAUUUACACCACCCUACUGGAGCACAGAGUGUUUCCUUUGAUUUACCCUCUAUUGAAGGAGGAGCGAAAGGUUUGGGGGCAAUCAGUGACAACGUGAGAGCUUAUUUUCAAGCCCAGAUAUCUAGAGCCCUGACUGUGGGUAGCAAUCAUAACAUUCAUCACAACACUUCCAUUUCUACGUACCAUGUCAUUACCACGCUGUCCUUACCGUGAUGCACAGCCAAUCACUUGGACAUGGAUACCAAAUCAAAGGAACUGUCAUUAUGAAAUCACGUCAUCAACAAAAUGGCUCUCUCUGCUUCCGGCUCUCGGCUAAUAAAUGUUGCAAAUUAUGGAUUCAGAAAGGAAUAAGGGGAAUGGAUGCACUAUUUAUGUAUAUCAUAAGUCAAUACUAUACUUAUGCUAUUGAUCUUGGCAUGAAGGACUGAGAAUUGAGACACCGAAAAAGCAUUAUGAUCAAACCUAUUGGAAACACUUGUAUAAAUAAAUCGGACUUGACUUGUGAUAGCAUCAACUACUGUAGACCUACUGUCUCCAUCACUCUGAUAAAUUGGUCUCUGUAUUAAGCACAGCAAUGGAACAAACACAGUAUCUAAUAUGUCAUCUGUACAUUUCUGAUCACAUUCAUUACUAAUCUCUAGAUGGAUCUCUAGGUACACUAAGUCCAUAUGGGUGUAUCAUCAGUAAUGCUGCUUCGUUCUUUAUCCAGAUGAAACCCUUGUAUUCCCAGUGUGCUAACUACCUACACCCCCAUCUCUCUCUACAAACCAUUACCUGGUGAACAGCUAAGGUAUUCAUGUUAACUGCAGGGAGGGAGUACCUCACCGAGCACAUAAUUACAGUUUAGCCAAUUAUCAUCCUUUCAACUAGCAAUUAUCAUCCCUUCGUUUCUCUCUGGUCCUCUUUACUGCCGGGAACAAGGGAAAGGAAAGGAGGACAGACAGGUUUGCCUCAUCUAGCACUCAACUGAGAAAUUUACAUAUGCCCCAAGAAAUGUGCAUUAGCCACAUAAUGAAAUAAUACGUCAAGGAAACAGGUUACCCAUUUAAGUGUGAAAUUAAAUGAAGUCAUUAUAGGUGAAAAUAUUUAUCCAAAAAGGCAAUAAUAUUUCCUGAUGAGUUUGAAAAGAGCUCAUCACAGAUUCCAGGCAGUUGCUGAGUUGAGUAGACUGAGCCAUCUUUUGAAUAUUUUGAGGAUAUCUUAAUAGAAACAUAUGCCUCUUAUAACAUGUUAGCACUGCAGCCUGCCCUGAGUGCAGACACAGGCUAAAGCUUGUUUGUAGACUCAGCGAAUAUCUAAAUUACCAGAAGGAAAUGGGCCCUUGAGAUCUAGCUUUAAACCGGGGGAAAACAAGAUUUGUGUUGGGGGAGUUUAGUAGGCUACUGAUGGUAAACACGGUGCUGCUGAUAAGAUAAGGGCAGACAUAGCAAUCUGCUCCCUUGCUGUGUUUGGCUCAGCAGCCUUUCCAUGGAAAGGAGAGGAGGUGGAGGGGUCGCCAAUGCUAUUUCCUAAGCAGGCUAGCUAGACCUACCGACUGAAUUGGUUCCUUACAACAGCAGCUGCCUUGACAUGAAAGCCAGUACAAUCUCAAUCCCUCCAUCUUCUAAAAAAAAAAAUAGCACUGCUACAGCAGAAAAAGCCUCCUCAAAUUCCACCUCUGUUUACUUUCUACCACAAAAAUGCUAAUUGUUCUCAGCACCCUUCAAUGAGAGAUUCUAUCUAGAUAAUGCCUAGUGCCAACACGGGUCAUAAGCCUGAGGGCCAGCCAGGAAGAAGGUCUAGAUGAACUAUUGGACCAAACAAUCGUCUCAGCCCUGACAUGUUUCUGUGAGGAAGCCCUCUGAGGUCUUAAUGAUUGGCCCUGAUGAGAGAUGGGAAUAUCUCUACUUGGCAGAGAGUAUUGGAGCUAUAAGGGGUUUUAUACUAGGGAAGGGGGGGGUGAUAGCACAAGAACCAGGGUUGAUGAGUGGCCUUUCCUCAGCUUCCACACAGAACAAUGUGCCAUUGUGUCCACUGUGUAAUGAUAAUGUCCCUUGGUGGCAACUAAUAGCUACACAAUAAUGAUAAAACAUGCUGAAUGAAAGGAAACCCGGAUGGAAGGUCCUGUGGGUUAAGCGACACAUAAGCCUGUGAAGAAAGAUCUGAUCACUUUAUAUUCCAGACAGUUGAUUCACCAGACAGAUGCUUGCCUGUGUGUGUAUCCCCUAUAUAGUGCACUACUUUUGACCAGGCCUAGUGUACUAUAUAGGGAAUAGGGUGCCAUUUGGAACGCACAAAACAAUUAUGUUUUUCUGUCAAGCUGUGAAGUGCAGGCCCUGGUCCCUGACCCUCACCUGAGUAAAUUCAUCCAAUCAGUCAAUCAUAGGUGGAUUUUCUCUAGCCUCUGGCCUUGACCAAUCAAUAUGUGUUUUGCCGGAGGAAUUGUAACUCCCAACUGAUCCUUGGGAAAGGAACUCUGCCAUUACAGAUCAGACAUUGAUUAGGUAGAAGUUUCUGCCUCUCCACCUUUUCCCAAGGUAGCCUACUCCUAGACCUCCACAGAUUGUCUAAGUACUACACUGCAGCAGUGGAAGGUUUCCACAAGGAGAGGGUUUAUUAAAAGACAUCUUAAGUGUUCUAGAGAGGAGAGCAGCUGCCUGUGAACUUAGAAUGUGAACGUAGGUUGUGUCUCAAAUGGCACUAUUCUCUGUAUAGGGCUCUGGACUAGGGUGACAUUGGGGACACAUCCACAGUUUUCUUUUUGAGGAAUCUAUAAUUAAACAUUCCCUCUCUCUCUCUCUCCUCCAGGAUCCAGGCUAAGACCCGGGAGCUGCGGGAGCGCCAGGCACGGGAGAGGGACUACGCUGAGAUCCUUGAUGUCAACCUGAGCCGAGAUGAGGAGCACCCCUACGCAGGCAUCGGGCCCCUGGACAUGUCCCUGGACAGCGGGCACAGCCGGCCCCAGAGCCCCAGAGACGACCACCACCAAGACUCCUCCCUCUACACACAAGUCGGCAAAGCCCGCAAUACCAACGGACGCCCUCCCUCUGCCGACAGGUAGGUGGCCAAGGGUCUAUCACGCUAUGAGGAGCAGUCCUGGGUUCAAAUACUAUUUAAAAUCUUUCAAAUACUUUGGCCAUUGUCUCUAGCCUGCCAGGAGUGCCAGAUGGGCAGGGGUUGCCAUUGUGGGACUAUUCUAUUGGUCCAUUAACCCAGGCAAGCUCAAUCAAGCUCAAGUUAUUUAAAAUACUAUUUGAACCCAGGUCUGAUUUAAGAGUGGUAGUAAUACCACUAUAAAUACCACUAUCAAGCACUAUUAAGUAGCACUUCUGAUUGGCAGUUUGGUUUUAUCCUUCUGUUAUAGACAGACCAUAAUUUAAAAAUGGAAUCUGCAUUAGGGGGAAACAGCGCCACUGGCCGCCCCACCACUGUUGUGUUUGUUGCCGAGAUGAGGAGUGUCUUACAGCAUGGUAAAAAAUGUCAGUUCAUAUUGUGCUCUGCUAUCACGCGUGCAAUGAUAGCCAAGGGGGAAAAAAGUGUUCAUGGUUUGCAGUAACUUCUUCAUUGUUGUAAUAUCGCAAACGGAUGUGACUGUUUCACCAUUAUGGAUUCCAGCUUCAAGCCUCAGUGAUGUUGAAGAACUAAUUCCUGGGAGAAUAGUAUCUUGCUGUGCCUUGCCGUGCUGGAGUAAUGCUAGGAGAAACAUUGUUGCAGAUACAGUACCUCUACAUUUUGAUGCUGCAUCACUCACUUUCAUCUAUAUGUAUUCUAUAUCCUAGCACUGAGUAGCUACAGUAUAGAAGGCUGAUAUUCUCUCAGUAUAGAAGGCUGAUAUUCUCUCAGUAUAGAAGGCUGAUAUACUCUCAGUAUAGAAGGCUGAUAUUCUCUCAGUAUAGAAGGCUGAUAUUCUCUCAGUAUAGAAGGCUGAUAUUCUCUCAGUAUAGAAGGCUGAUAUACUCUCAGUAUAGAAGGCUGAUAUACUCUCAGUAUAGAAGGCUGAUAUACUCUCAGUAUAGAAGGCUGAUAUUCUCUCAGUAUAGAGGCUGAUAUUCUCUCAGUAUAGAAGGCUGAUAUUCUCUCAGUAUAGAAGGCUGAUAUACUCUCAGUAUAGAAGGCUGAUAUACUCUGAAGUGUGUCUUAGUCCAGCCAUCACCCCUCACCCCAGGAAAACAAGCACAGGAAUGA